AGGUAAGCAGCAACACACCUGUCUGCCAAAGGCUGUCUUUACAGUGUAUUGCCAAACACAGACACAUUUCUUUCAUAGCUUUUCUGCAGAGUGACACAUUCGGAUUACUUCUUGUGCCGUGAGAGCUUCUCCCAAGGAACAUUUGUACCCCUUUCAAAUUAAAUGGUAAGUAAUUCAGUUAUUUUUGUACCUCUUUUCUUGUGAAAUAAAAAAAAAUCACUUUCUAUUUUGACUCAGCUUUUUAACAGUUUAAUGUUGCUUUGCACUGCCAAAGUUUAAAUGUGUCUCCAGCUUACAAUACGUUGUCUAACACUGAAUGUCUAUACACCUGGAUUAGCAAAGCAGACUAAGCAGAUCUAGGCGUAUUCACUAAUGUAUGAAUAGGGAAUUCAACGUGAAUUUAAAAUUGAAGUAUUCAAACUAAAAACAGAAAUAACUUUUUAUCAUUUAGCUACCGUGUACUAAAAUUUCAAAAUCACUUUUAAUUACCUUUGAAUUCCUGACAAUUCACACAUUAGUCAAUGACACUGAUUGAUUUAUUUUAAUAAUGUAUGUUAAUAGUGCUGAUCUAGAGCUUUAUAAAGUAAAAUGUUCAGACUUCAUUGAUUUUCUUCCCAUUAAACUUUUUUUCUUGGAAAGUCCCUGAAAUAUUAUACACUUCAUUAUUUUUUUCAUGAAGAAUAUCUCAUAAAUCAGUGAUUUAGAGUUUUUACUAAUCAUAGGGAUGCAUUAUGUAGCUAGAAUCCUUUUAGUCUUAGGGCAGCACCAUUUAUGUCCUAGUGCUGUCCUUGAUUAGUGAGAGUUAUACUUCUGGGCAGCAGCUGAUAAUUCUGACUGCUCUCCUAAAGUCAGCCCCUGCUCCAAAAUGUACACACUAGCAGAGUAGUUGGGGAAGCAGAUUCUCACUGUCUCUGUCUCCUUAGUCCUCUUCCAGUUUUUCAAUUUCAGAUUUGUGCAGAAUUAAUGGAGGCAGCUGCAAAUUGCUACCAGUAAUGUAGCUCCCAUUGUGAGGGAUAAAUAAUUUGCAAUGCUAGACUAAGGUCAGAAACCCCUUCACAGCAUAGUGUUAGUCUCACAAUGUAGUUUUGAAUUUAAGAUGUGUAGUCAUGCGCCAUGUAGUAUGGAAUUUGAAAACAUGAUCGCCCAUCAUAUUGCACCAUAACAAAUGUAUACUUUAUUUUUAUAAUUUUUACAUUGAAAAACAAAAGCCUGAUCAAUGAUCAUCUUUCUGCUUGUUACAUGCUGCUAUAUGGUCACACUAAUUACAUGUUUUACACAAUGCAUUGUUAAGCUGUCAGAUAUUUGGGUGAAAGGACAGAAAUGUGAGGCAAAACAUAGGUUGGAAAGCUUUGCACUUACAAGCUUACUCACUUAACUAUGAAUUAGGCCUUGUUUAAUAAGCUUUCCAAAAUGAUUCAAUACUGUAAAAAAAAAUAACUUUCCAAAAGAUUUAUCUAUAAAAAUUCCUUUAGACUUUAAUGGUAAGUUUCUACAAGCAAAUCAUUUGAAAAGUUUUUCACGGAGAUGUUCAAAGAAAAAAAAAAAAACAUUGUUACGAUUUAUUUAUUUUAAAAUUUCAGUCCAUCCGAAAUUCAGAAAUUUGGAUGCCAACUAUUCACUGACUGUGUGAAAUGAUGUGAAUCACAAAGUUACAAAGUAACUAUUUAGGACGUUAUUUGCUAAAUUUGAUAAAUCAGCUGUUUAGUAGAUAACUUUGUAAUUUGCUAUCCUUACUUGGGAUUGCCAUUAGUAUACCAAUAACCAAAUAAGGGAGCUAGCUGCAAAAUAGCACCCUAAUUUGGUAUCCUCAAUUAGACCAAUCCCACAUAAGGGUAUACAUUCAAAUUAUUUGCUAAAUUGCUGAUAGAUUACAACUAAGAAAAGCCCAUUUCUUAUUUUAGCACUUUCAGUUGUUUAGCAAAUAGCUCCCUAAUUUGGUAUUCUUAAUUAUGGCAAUCCCACGUAACAACAGCAAAUUUGGGAAUUAUCUACUUAACAUCAAAAAGAAUAAAAUUACGAAAAGUAAUUGCUAUCCUUACGUAGGAUUGUCAUAAAUAAGAAUAGCAAAUUAGGGAACUAGGUAAUAAACGGCUUAGUUUUGCUCUUUCAGCUGUUUAGUAGAUAACUCCCUACUGUCCUAUCUUGUCAAAAUGAAUGGAUUCAAACAAUUUGUUUUCAUUCAGUUCAGAUCUGUUCAUUUUAAAUUUUCCAUUAAUUCUCAAAUUUAGACGCUUGCAAAUUCGGACAACAUAUGUCUAGUGCUUCUAACAACAUUAAACACAUUUUUGAUAUUUUAAUAUUUUAAAAAAAUCUUUUUAAAAAUGUAUCCAAAGUAUUCAAUCAUUUGAAAAGCUUAUCCAACAAUAUUAAAUGAAGGCCUUACUUAUAGAACUUUCCAAGCUCAGCUAUUCUAGUAUCAAAUUUGAUUUUGAUUAUUAAUACAAAUAUUGUGCCAACAGCUAGUUUUCAUGAUGUACAUUUUGAUUUGUUGUCUGUUUUCAAAAGUGUUUUUGCUAAAUUGUAAACUUGAGUGUCAAACCAAGCUUACAUUUUCAGUAAGUUUAGACCACUGUCUCUACUUUGUGUUGCAACACAGGUAAUCACAUUAAAAAAAAUAUAUAUAUACAUCUGACAUAUCGUGUCAUGGAGAAUUUAAUUGUUUAAAUUCCACAAGAGUGUACAACACAUUCCAAAGUAAAUGUCCCUUAAAUAUCCAUAAUAAAUUUGUUUUUACGGUGGAGCUAUUGUCCUUAGAGGUGAGCAAGAAUUCCAUUUAAGGUUGGUGUUACAGUGAACCUAAAAAUUGCUUAGUCAAUUUAUCACCAAAUAUAUAGAUAACAUUUUAUAUUUAAAAUAAAAAAGGUUGUGUGUGUGACUUAAUUAAGGCACUUAAUGUAAAUUUAAACUCAAAUCAAAUGUUAUGUUAGCAGCUAUAGCACUCUAAGAGUACACCUAUUAAUCCCCAAAAAUCGAACAUUGAACAAAACAAAGUUGCUUAAUAGGGUUUAGGUGAUAUACACCUCCUUUCCACAAAACACAACAGCAUACAGUGUUAAAACAAUAUCAGGAAGGAUUACUUUACUGAGAGGGUAGUAGAUGCAUGGAAUAGCAUUCCAGCUGAAGUAGUAGAGGUUACCACAGUAAAGGAGUUUACCCAUGCAUGGGAUAGACAUAAGGCUAUCCUAACUAUUAAAUAAGGCCAGGGACUAAUGAAAGUAUUUAGGAAAUUAGACAGACUAGAUGGGCCGAAUGGUUCUUAUCUGCCGUCACAUUCUAUGUUUCUCAUGCUGCAUAGCCCUAUGAGUAAGCCCUGAUCUGUUUGCAUGAAAAAAACAACUCUUUAUUAGUGCUGCACUGUACACUGUUGUGUUUUGUGGAUAGGAGAUGGAUAUCACCUAAACCCUAUAAAGCACUUUGUUGCUCACUGUUAAAUUUUAUAUUUACCUAGCAAUUUUUUCACAAGUGUGUAGAGCUAUCUUUCACACAAGGAAAAAAGGUGAGACUUUCUUGAUUUAAUUAAUUCAACAGUGACCUUAAAGGGACUCAUUCAGCACAUUGAGGUGGUCUGGGUGCAGGGUCCCUAUUGCAUUUAGUGACAAGCCCAGCAACUUGGGGCACUUCCAGAAUCCAAACGGCCUUUUGGGCACUCUGCAUGAGGACAUCCAGCAUCAGAUUUUCACCAUAGGAAAGCAUUGAAUUAUGCUUUCAUAUGUGGAGGUCUAAUGCGUGCGUGGCCAUUGCCGCGCAUGCGCAUUAGGUCUCCCCCGCCGGCAGAUGGUUAUAACCCCUUCAGCCCCACGGGAGGGGGGGCACAAGGGAGGGAGGAACCUAUUAACCCUAUAGAGCCAGGAAAAUGCCUUUGCUUUCUUGGCACUAUAUGAUCGCUUUAAGUCCCAAAUAAAAUGCUUUUCCGUUGCUGUUAUAAAGAGGACCAUAAAAAUAUUGGAGAGCAGAUUCAAGCUAAAUGAUGGCACCUGGAAGCCCUCCGGUCUAAAUGUCCCUUGAAAUAUCUUCCUGAGAUCUGUUAAAGUAACAGACCUGCUGUGUUCUGAAGAAUGUUUCCUACUAACUGAUACUAGAGAGAAGGAUUGAAGCAGCAACUCCAGAGAGGUGUUUGUAUGAAGAGAGAAGCUACUUUCAUAGCUGAAAGAAGAUUCCUGCUAUUCAGCAUUGUUGCUAAUGAGCAGGAGACUAGAAAUAUUUCUUUCCUUAGAGGGAGGCUGUUAGCAUGGGAUGGAAGAAGGGUUGUGGAAUGGGGGAAGGAAGAUCUCUGAGAUCAGCAAGUACUAAAAGAAUAAAAUGUGAUACCUGUGUAUAUUGUCUUCCAACAAUGUCCCAAUGCUGCAAUUAUUUUAAAGAAAUCCAAACUCUAAUGCAAUUUGGAUUUUCCAUUAUGUUCAGUGUCUGUUUGAAGUUGGAGUUAUUGGAGUUAUGGACCUUAGCAGUUGGAAACUGCUGGUUUCCCGUGUCUAGCACUCCAGCAUUCACAUCUCCCAUGUUUUAACAAGAUCUGGCAAAGCUUGACAGAAAUUGCAAUCUUCUGCAGCAAGGUUCUUUCUUGUGUUGGGACACCAUUCACUCCUACCAUAGUUUGAUAGUUUGGGUUUCAUUGCAGUUAUAUAAAGUGUUUUUUUUUUUUUUAAAUCAGAAACCAAAUAGGUAUAAAACAAAUUAUACAGAGACAUAGAUUAAUCAAUUGACAGGUGGCUGAAUGAGGGGAUGGGCAGACAGAUAAUAGAUCUAUAAUCUAAUAUAUGUAAUAUGGAUCUAUAGAUCUAUAAAAUGAGAUCAAGGCCAGUCAAAACCUGUCACAUAAAAAGUGAAAUCUCUAUCUUCAAAAAUAAAUAAAUAAAUAAGAUAGUGAAAGACCAUAGGAACUAUGAUAAAUCGAAGCUUGUAUGACGAGUACUGGGUAGAUGAAAAGUAAGUUCCUAAAUGUGAACAUGGCCUCUGAAAUUGAUUGUCUAUUGGCUUAUUGAGUAAGAGAAGUGGGUGCUGAAUGUACUGAAAUGGUAGGAGUGGAAUGUGAAAAAUGGACAUACAGAAUUGUAAUGGCGGGCUCAUACAGUAGAUGUUGGUGUCCUGUAAAACUUGAAGGAAUUUCUACGUUGAGAGAUAUUGGUGCAUAGCUAGGCUUGACUUUUGGUUGAGAUAGGGAGACUGUGCUUGAAAUAUGGUAUAUUUCCACCUUGCAUUCUAAAGUGCUGUCAUCAUAACUUUCUCCUUUUCCAUUCCCCCUAAAUCUACUGGCUUACAACCUAGAUUGUAGCUUUAUUAGGUCAAAUACAAACUUAAGUCAGGUAUACAUUCCAUUUUGGUCUCUUACUAGAGGCUCCCCAUCAACUUUCAUGCAAUAAUUUUGCUACCACACUCUUCUUGCCUUUUUGUGUGCUUGGACCCAGACAACUGGAGCAUGGGAUUUUUUUCACUUCAAGCCACUCUCCACCAACUUUUAUAAUGCCUUAAUGGCAAACAGUUUUUUUUUUUUUUUUUAGUACAUCAUUGUUCAGUCACUAGUAGAACAGACAAAUCAGCUUAUAAAAUCAUGUACUAUGGUACAUCUCUUUACCGAUCUUACAAAUAAUAAAUCCUUUCCAUGAUGGAGGUGCCAAACUGCCCCACAUACCUUCUGUCAUGUAAGCUGUGACUGCUCUCAGACAGUGCUUUUCUCUGAGAUGAUUCAUGACAUUUUUAAAAUGUUUUCUGAUAACCCCCUCUGAUAAGCCCUGUAUCCCUUCACCAUACCACAGUUGCAACCUCUGCCUAUAAAAAGCUAAACAUCUGAUUCCUGUAUUCGGGUAACAAUUGGACUUGCCCUCUUUGUGACCCUGGUUUACCAGAAGAGAGGAACUCAAAGCAAUGAAUGAGUUAAUUUACACUGCCUCAGGCAGCAUCCAGACAUACAUAACAGUGUGGGCCCAUUGAUAUGCAAAUCAAUUUAUAACUUUUUUGACAUGCAUUUUUCUGGAUUUGUUCUUGUUAUUCUGUCUCUCACUGUUGAAAUACACCUACCAUUAAAAUUAUAAACUGAUCAUUUCUUUGUCAGUGGACAAACGUUCAAAAUCUGCAGGGGAUCAAAUACUUUUUUCCAUCACUUUACAUGUAAACCCUUAAAGGGACACAGUAGGUACUGUAUCUGCUUCAUCUCAUUAAACUGGUUAUAGUGUCUGGAGUCCCCUGGUACCAUAAUUUCUUUCAGCAUUAAACAAUUUUUAAUGUUGUAAUGUUUUAAUGCUAAACAAGAGUCCACAGCAGUCUAUCCCCUCUGUGCUGCUUUGGCUAAUAAGGAAGUAUUACCCUGAGAGGCAAUGGGCAGCUGUGAUUGGCUGAGUGUGUCAGCUGACUGCUUUUAACCUGUCAGAGCUCCAACUGACGGUAUGAAUGGGUAUGACAACAAGGAAGUGUGCAUUCUCUGCCUUAGCUACACAUACAGAAGGGGCCAGACUGUGGGUGGCCAGGGACUCUUAUUUUGUGGCAUAUUGCACAAACAUGGUGCAACACUGAAUGGAGGGAAAGUGCCAGGCCACUCCAGGCACUAUAACCAUUUUCAAAGAGACAAAGUGGUUAUAGUGACUACAGUGUCCCUUUAACAAAAGCCUCCACACAUGUUAAGUUCACAAGUAUGUCAUUUGGGGUUUAUAUAUUCACCACAUUAUGCCGGUGAUUUUUUAGAAUUCCUGAAAAAAAAUAAUUCUGAAAAAUGGAAAAAAGUUAUUUGGCUAUUGCUACUCUGAGCUCCCUUACUUCUUUUGGAUAUAUUGUAUCUAGACAUUGGAGUUUAUUUAAUUUAAUUUAUAGCACUUUACCAAGUGUCAGCCAAUCACGUUAUAAGACUGUUUCUGUUUAGAUUUUCAGGGUUUUUUUUAAAUGAUGACACAUGGAAAUUUUCAGGACUUCACAAUUAAUACAACAUUAAUUUAAAAUCUACAACAAAAAAGGCAAUUAUUCUGUUUACCCUACAGAGCUAUGCAUUGAAAUAUUCAGUUACAAUUUUAAAUUGUAUGUAUACAUUUGCCAUAUGGCUAGCACAAUGUAUAGAUUAAUUUGUAUUGUCUAUAAGUUGCUGCCAUAUAAUUUCUGUGUGACAGGUGCAGUUUAAUUAUAACCUAGAUGCUGAAGCACGCAAUUAAUUGACCAAGAAAUGUAAAACUGCAAUACAACAGAAUUUCAACUUCUACCUUCAGGCACCUGCAGACUGCUAUAAUGUAUUAAAUCCUACAUGCAAUAAAUAGAUAACCAGGGAUAGUGAGCAUCUGUCGAGCAGCUGUUCUAUUUCUAUCAUAUGCAACCUGCCGUCAGUUGCCUAUCCUGCACAUAAGUACAUAUUAAACACACACACUAAAAGAAACAAAAUAAACACUUCACAAAAUUACAAUAUAUCUGAAUAUAAGAAUAUUAAAAGAGGGUAUAGAUCCUCAUACUUAAAUGAAUUGUAAUUUUAAUAUUGUGCAGCAUUGUGCGAUAUGGCAUUCAUUAUACAUAUACGCAUACAGAUAAUUAGAGAUUGAGAUGGGAUAAAUCGGGAGCGGUGAAUUAUUGCUCCUGUUCAAUAAACAUUGCUUUGUAAUGAAGGGAAUUACAAAUCUGAAGUCAGAUUAGCAGCAUUGGAAUAAAAAAUGAAAUUCAAAAGUUUUGUUUAAUGAGUAAACAGUAACCCAUAAAAACUGUUUGACGAAAAAACCCUAAAGUUUCAAUCCCACCUUUAUUUCUUUUUUAUUGUAAAUAACUCUAUUCUGUAACAUGUAGUUGAUCUAGAUUAAAUAAUCUGCACUCUCUGAUAACAGCCAAACAAUUGUUCUACCUAGAAAUGAGUCUAAUCAUUUUCCAAGGUUCAUUGCUUAAUUUGACAUGGACACUUAAACAUUGUAAACAUGAUAUUUGUUCUUGCUAAACAUGUUUUUCAAUGUAUGUAGCUCUAUUCUGUAGCAUGUAGUUGAGCUAGUUUAAAUAACGUGUACUCUCUGAUUACGACAAAACAAUUGUUCUAUCUAGAAAUAAGACUAACACUUUUCCAAGGUUGAUUGCUUAAUUUAACAUGGUUACUUUAACAUUGUAAACAUAAUGUUUGUUCUUGCUAGACAUGUUUCAAUGCUACGCAGUAAAGUGAUCAGAGAUAGGAUGACUAAGAAGCUUGUGUUUUGCUCUCUGCUGCCAAUAAGUGUAAUUUUGUAAGAUUAAUAGUAGCUACUGAGGAUAACUCCCUGUCUUAUUUAGCAAUAUUGUCUGACCUGAUUGUCUAGAAAUCCAUGUACACUAAAAAUUAUUUUUUUUACAUUUCAGAAUACAUAUCAGAACAUGCCUUUUUUACAUUGUUUUACUUUAUGAAUUUAUUUAGCUAUUCUGCUUGUUUUGUUCUCCUUUUAUGUAUAUAAAAAACUUAUACAUAAAUAUAUAAACAUCUUGAUAAAGACCCCAUGAGGGUCGAAACGUCGAUUUUUUUUUAUACUCUGCACAGAAUAUGUAUUACUUGAUGAUACAGUAAAAUAUAUUUUUUCCACUGAAAAGAAGUCCUAGAGUGCUCCCUUUAUUUUCUAAUAUAUAUAUAUAUAUAUAUAUAUAUAUAUAUAUAUAUAUAUAUAUGUGUAUAUAUAUAUAUAUAUAUAUAUAUACAUUUAUAUAUAUAUGUAUAUAUAUAUAUAUAUAUUUAUGUAUAUGUGUACAUAUUUAUGUGUAUAUAUAUAUAUAUAUAUAUAUAUAUAUAUGUGUAUAUAUAUAUAUAUAUAUAUAUAUAUAUAUAUAUAUAUAUCUUCAUCAAUAAAACCGAUAGACCCUCUACUUCAAACAGACCACCUAUAGAGGGCCCUAUAUUCAGAGGCCUCUCCAACUUGUUGGAUACUAACCUAUUCGAGAGUCACACCAAAAACGUGAUUAAAACUUAUAUAUAUAUAUAUAUAUAGAGCUUUCUACUGAUUCUUAAGGACCAGGAAAUUCACAGUAGUACGUCAGACAGAAGUAACCUAAGUCUCAAGACGUCAAAUAUUAUUAAGCAUAACAAACACUAUGUACUCACCCUUCAAACCAUUUAAACAAACCAACAUCCAUCUACAAUUCCAGUUUUUCCCACAGACAACAACUGGUGCCCAAUUGAAUAUGAGGCAUACCUGAUUACAGUUAUCAAGGUAACCCCCUAAUUCCCUUUUACUCUUACUUCACGGCUACCAACUCAGUGCCUCCAAAAUCAUAUUUUAUGUUAGGAAUUUACUCUUGAGACUGGGCUACAAUCCAUCAUCCUUUUCUGACCAUUCAUUCAGGAAAUAGACAGAAUGUACAGCCUCCAGCAUUGACACCACAGUACAUAUCAUCAAGAAAUACAUAUCAUCAAGAAACUGGGGAGAUGGAAAUCCUCAGUCUAUAGCGAAUACAUUCCCAAACUUGAAAAAUAACUCAGGGAAGCUUUGCUAUGCUGCAAUAAGAGUGUUUUUUCCUUUGUUACCUUUUGCCCUCUUCUAUUUACAGGCCUACCUGUACGCUGGUUUUGGCAUAUCACAACCGAUUGAUACAUACUACUUUAUGUUUCAGUCCACAAGUUUUAAGGCCAAAGGCCUGUAUUUGUGCAAGGAGUUUGGCCUAUAAAAACCCUAUCCUCCCUCCUACCUGGGCCAUUCUGUUUCAGGUCAUUCCGCCUGCCUCAUUCCUUAAUUAAUUAAGUUAUUCCAAUCUUCUCUUUGGUGGGCCCUCUUCAAUCUACAGGUCUACCUAUACGCCGGUUUUGGCACACCACAACUGACUUAUCACCACCACCAAAUGAUACAUACUACUAUUAUGUUUCCGACCACAAAUAUAUAUAUAUAUAUAUAUAUAUAUAUAUAUACUCAACAUACAAGAUCCAGUGCACUCGCUUAUUCACUAAAAAGACACCUCAUUUAGGCAAAAAAUAAUGGGGGUUUAGUUACAGUAUAUGAUCAUACAUUGCAUAAGCCUGCCACAACGCAAAUGUGCCCCAUUCUUGGCAAGGGGUACAUUGACAUUGUGGUAGGCUUAUGUGAUGUAUGAUCAUAUACUGUAAACACUUGUAUGUAUAUACACACUGGGAUUUUUCAAAAGGCCCGAACAGGCCGAAACAUCUAUUCUUAUACACAGUUGAUUUGGAAUUUCUUUGCUAAAUAAUAAAACACUGUUGGAAAACCUGUGAGUGUUAACCCUUUAUAUGUAUAUAUAUUUUUUUCCCCUUUUAGUUUCAUAAGCUGCAUUCCUUUGUAAUGCCUGCAGGUAUUUCCAGGAAUGUCUUAUCUUAUUUUGCUGUACAAACAACUUCAGGCUCAACUUUAAUCAUUCUUUGAGAGUUUUUUUCACUAUGCAGUGCAUUGCAGUGAAUUGAAAACUGAAAGGCAUAGUUGUGAAAACAGCUUCAUAGGAAUAUGUCUCUAUUUAGAAUGUUUAUAACUUUUGUCUUUUAGGGUUGCAUUUCACAAUUUUAUUGCACUUUAAGGUUUAGUGAAUAAUCUCUUUGUAAGUGGUGUUGAAUGUAAUUCCAAACAAAUGUCUGUCAUACAGACUGUCAUUAGGGCCAUUGUAUAAACAAGGCAAACAUUUUCAUAAUCUCAAAAUAAAAUAAAAAAAAAUAAAAAACAUGUUACAAACUCACUUCGAGAGCUGUUUAACAUCAGCCUGUCAUUGUUUUAUAUAUUUAAUAUCAAAUUAUUAUAUUAUGAUAUAGGAUGAAUUUCUGAUGAUGACUUUUACUCCAAGAAUCAUAACCAUUGCAGUUCACUGUACCCAGGCCCUGUUUGAUACCUUACAUUGGUGCCUGCUAGGUGCUGAGGGUCCUCUAGUCCCCAGUGACUACAUCCAACUUCUGCAGAGCUGCAGAAACUGUAAGACAAUCCUGCUGGGUAUUCAUUGGCUUAGAGCAUCAGCUGAUCACUCUCAGCCAAUGAAUGCAAUGUUAUGCAUAGGUAUAUGCACAACAUUGACAUUAUCCAGCCUGGAACUUUUGUUCCAGUCUAGCUAAUGGCACUCCAAUGAUAGUUGGAGGAGAAUUAACAACUCCAGCAGCAGCAGAGGGUUUAAGCUCUGUAUGUGCAGUGUUUCAAAGUUAAAUGCUGUACAUACAGACACCAGGCACCAUGACCAUUUCAAAAUACUGAUGUAGUCAUGGUUCUUGGAGUAACCCUUUUGUGUUUUUUUUUUGUGUCUCUUUUCCCAAUUAUUCCUCACUUGUGUCUCACACCUAAUCUGUUUACAAACAUAUUUUCCCCAAACUUGUUUCCCUGCUCUUAUGAGUUCCCCUCUUAUUAUAUAUCACACCCACAUUUGUCACUCACCCACAUCUCUCACUACUUAUGCUUCUCUCUGAAUUGUGGCCAAGAGCCAUGUCUUCUCUAUCUCUACUUUCCUCCAUCCCAUCGUUAAUCACUUCUCAGGGGUCAAAGGACAAUAAACUCGCAGGAACACUUGGGUUGUGAAUGUAGCCUCACAUUGUUUUUCUGCUAAUUAAAAUAACUGGGAUUGUGCUAGAAUGUUUGUUGGUAGAAAGAGUAGGACUGCAGACAAGAUUGGGAAAGUUUUUUUUGCUGUCUCAGCACUGCUUGAGUUUAUACAUAGUCUAGUGGCACACCCAUUAAAUGUUCUCUUGUUGAACUGCAGUAUCUGUGGCUGACCAUGCAGGGUGAGAUGUCAUUCAUAAAGCACACCAGUUGCCGUUGGUAGCCAUGGAGCUUGCUAUAUCUUCAAAUUCUGAACAGGUAAUAUUGAUAGAAGUUUAAAAUAUAUAAUUGAAUACAACAGUUUCCUUCUGUCUUUCUGAUGGCACAAGAAAAGGCUAUUUGUUUGUCUUUGCUGCCCUGGCCAAACAUGAUGAUAUGUGGAUAUCAGUUGACCUUUGUUAGAAAAGAUUAGAAGACAUAAACACAUAUUCAUUAGCAUCAUUAGAUAUUCUUAGUGCUAAACAUGCUAGGUAUCCUGUCUACUACUAAAAUAACAUUUAAGGAGGAUAGUUGCAAUGUAAGUUGAUUACCUUCUGGAAUAGUACCUUUCAUAUUGUGUGUGAGACUAAAAUGUUGAAAUGUAUGCCAUUGCCUGUUUUUUAUGAAAUAAAGCACUGAAGAUUUUCCUUCAGAAAAUUCCAUGAAUGUGCUUCCUUGUUUAUUGAAUGUGUUAGCUAGCUAGAGUUGCACCAGGGUGAGAAAUUUUCAUCUGUUAACAGGUGAUUAAGAAGGAACUAGUCUUUUAAACAAAAUGCCCUAUCCUUAGAAAAUGGGACUCCCAGUUUCUAUUAUUAAUCUUUCACCACUACAAAUAAUGUAAAAGAAGAGUGGAUUCUUGUGUUGAAGAAAUGUCUCUAUAAUAUCAACUAUGUUAUAGAAGCAGAAGAGGGUUUUGGCUCCAUAUGUUAACUAUUAUCUAUCCACAUGUAUGGUGAAGUAAUAAGAAAACAUUUCACAGAGUUCUGAAUGGUAAUUGUGGGUUAUGGAGGUGACUUCUCAUGUUACAUUGGCCCCCACUUGUACUCAUGGUUCGGUGGAUAAGUAAACUACUAUUAAUACUGCUGCAUCACAGUUUAGCAGAUCAACGUUUUUGAAAUAAAGUAUUUAGGCUUUUAUGAAGACCGUGAGAGCAGCCUAACGUUUGGAAGUGGGUUUACCUGAGCACAGGCUACGACACCCAGCAUUAUAUGAAUAACAGAGCUUGAGUGCAAGGAAUAUCCAGUAUAUAUAUAUAUAUAUAUAUAUAUAUAUAUAAAAAAAUAUAUAUAUGAAACAAGGGGGGGUUGGCUGCACUCACCUGAACAUGCAUAAAUGGGGGUACUGCUGGGGGCCAAAUAAUACAAAACACAAGAUCCAGCGCACUCACCUAUCCACUAAACAGCAACUUCAAUGUUGAAAGAUUUUAUUAAAACUAAUAAAAUCUUUCAACAUUGAAGUUGCUGUUUAGUGGAUAGGUGAGUGCGCUGGAUCUUGUGUUUUAUAUAUAAAUAAAUAUAUAUAUAUAUAUAUAUAUAUAUAUAUAUAUAGUAUCUAAAAAAGUGAGUAGACCCCUCACAGUUUUGAAAAUAUUCAUUAUUUAUUUUCAUGUGACAACACUGAAGAAAUGACACUCUGCUACAAUAUAAAUUAGUAAGUGUACAGCCUGUAUAACAGUGUAGAUUUGCUGUCCCGUCAAAAUAACUCAACACAUAGCCAUUAAUGUCUAAACCGUUGGCAACAAAAGUAAAUUGGGCCCAAAGUGUCAAUAUUUUGUGUGGCCACCAUUAUUUUUCAGCACUGACUUAACCCUCAUGGGCAUGGAGUUCAUCAGAGCUUCCCAGGUUGCCGCUAGAGUCCUGGAGGAGACCAUAUUUAAAAGAAGAAAAACUACCACAACAAGAGGACAUAGAGGGGCAAAGGUUUAAAAAUAAUAUCAGGAAGUAUUACUUUACUGAGAGGGUAGUGGAUGCAUGGAAUAGCCUACCAGCUGAAGUGGUAGAGGUUAACACAGUAAAGGAGUUUAAGCAUGCGUGGGAUAGGCAUAAGGCUAUCCUAACUAUAAGAUAAGGCCAGGGACUAAUAAAAGUAUUUAGAAAAUUGGGCAGACUAGAUGGGCCGAAUGGUUCUUAUCUGCCGUCAAAUUCUAUGUUUCUAUGUUUCUCUUCCACUCCUCCAUGACGAUAUCACGGAGCUGGUGGAUGUUAGAGACCUUGCGCUCCCCUACCUUCCGUUCGAGGAUGCCCCACAGUUGCGCAAUAGGGUUUAGGUCUGGAGACAUGCUUGGCCAGUCCAUCACCUUUACCUUCAGUUUCUUUAGCAAGGCAGUGGUCGUCUUGGAGGUGUGUUUUGGGUCGUUAUCUUGUUGGAAUACUGGCCUGUGGCCCAGUCUCCGAAGGGAGGGGAUCAUGCUCUGCUUCAGUAUGUCACAGUACAUGUUGGUUCCCUCAAUGAACUGUAGCUCCCCAUUCCCGGCAGCACUCAUGCAGGCCCAGACCAUGACACUACCACCACCAUGCUUGACUGUAGGCAAAACAUACUUGUCUUUGUACUCCUCACCUGGUUGACACCAUCUGAACCUUAUCUUGUUAUCUUGUUAUCAUCGGACCACAUGACAUGGUUCCAGUAAUCCAUGUCCUUAGUUUGCUUGUCUUCAGCAAACUAUCUGCAGGCUUUCUUGUGCAUCAUCUUUAGAAGAGGCUUCCUUCUGGGACAACAGCCAUGCAGAUCAAUUUGAAGCAGUAUGCGGCAUAUGGUCUGAGCACUGACAGGCUGACCCCCCACCCCUUCAACCUCUGCAGCAAUGCUGGCAGCACUCAUACAUCUAUUUCUCAAAGACAUCCUUUGGCUAUGAUGCUAAGCACGUGCACUCAACUUCUUUGGUUGACCAUGGUGAGGCCGGUUCUGAGCGGAACCUGUCCUGUUAAACUGCUGUAUGGUCUUGCCCACCAUGUGGCAGCUCAGUUUCAGGGUCUUGGCAAUCUUCUUAUAACCUAGGCCAUCUUUAUGUAGAGCAACAAUUAUUUUUCUUAUUUGCCAUGAGGUGCCAUGUUGAACUUCCAGUGACCAGUAUGAGAGAAUGUGAGAGUGAUUACACCAAAUUUAACACACCUGCAUCCCAUUUACACCUGAGACCUUGUAAAACUAACAAGUCACAUGACACCGAGGAGAGAAAAUGGCUAAUUGGGCCCAAUUUGGACAUUUCCACUUAGGGGUGUACUCACUUAACAACGGUUUAGACAUUAAUGGCUGUGUGUUGAGUUAUUUUGAGGAGACAGCAAAUUUACACAGGCUGAACGCAGGCUGUACACUUACUACUUUACAUUGUAUCAGAGUGUCAUUUCCUUAGUGUUGUCACAUAAAAAUAUUUAAUAAAAUAUUUACAAAAAUGUGAGGGGUGUACUCACUUUUGUGAGAUACUGUAUACAUAUAUAUAUAUAUAUAUAUAUAUAUAUAUUUGUUUACUUAUAAACAACGCCAAUAUAGUCUGUAGCUAGAAAUGGGAUAUUUUAUGAUGAAGAAGGCACUGAUAAAAGCAGAUUACAGUCUAUAAGGAUUUAAGGUAGGUGAGCAUACAUCCUUUGGUGUCUUGACCACUUAUUUAUUAAUGUUUUUUUCUGCUAAGAGCUCAAUAUCUUUAUCUGGUGUUUACCAUGUGUUUGUUGUUUAAGGUUAGGCUCAUUAUCAUACUUUAUAAUAUUUUAUAUUUUGAACUCAUCCUUCACUGAAAUGGGGAGAUUGUACCAGCAGUGGAAUAAAAGCAUGUGUCAUUGAUUUCUUUUAAAACUUGUUUUAAUGUUGAAAGCUGAAAUAUCUUAUCUUGGUUCCGUGGACUGUCUUCUGUUUUUUUAAUUCACCCAUUUAUUUUAUGACUAACAGGAAACACACCAUAUAAUAGAAAAGUAUUAGAUAAAAUCUAACUGGUACAUGAGUAAUUAUGGUGCAUAAGAUGUUACUUUAAGAGAUACAAAAAAAUCAAUUAAUAAUAUUUUUGCAAAAUUAUAAUAGUCCCAAUAGUAGAAACAAAGUUUGUAUUUCAAUGUCAGUAUUCAAUCUUUGAAUAAUGUUUCCACAUAGAUAUGAAACUAUGUAGCAAUAUAUACACAGAUAAAUGUUAAGAUAAAAAAUGUAACACAAGGGGUAGUAAUAUCUCUCGGUUAUAUAGGGGAAGGAAAAGACAAAAUGGUAAGGUCUCAAUCUAUAUCUCCUAAACAACUGGUAAUAAAACAGCACACACAUUCAAUGCUGACAAAUAACGAAUGAUGUGUAAAAAGACCAAAAUCUAAUAUACAUAUCAGGAGUUGAUAUAAAUAAGAAUAAAUAAAUUGCUAGUAAACUAAAUAGUCUAUCACACACACACACAUAUAUAUAUAUAUAUAUAUGUGUGUGUGUAUAUAUAGGAUGGCUAUAUAUAUAUAUAUAGGAAGGCUGUAUAAAUCAAUAGCAGCACACUGAAUGGUCUAAAGGGUAUGUCAACUAAACAAAAAUAAUUCAUGUAGAAUACACCUCAUGCAGUAAAAUUGAUGUUUAAAUGCAAAACAGAUACAAAUUAGCAGCAAGAAAGUAUCCAAGUGAGACUGCCUACUAAACUGUAAAAUUUAGUAUCAAAACUAAAAUCCUAAUGCUAAAAUAGUUUGAUACAUCAGAUAUAAGUGGAUGUAAUCUUUCAUAUGUAAGAAGACCACCAGUGUCUGGAUAGUUUAUCUAAUACUUUUCUCUUCUACAUACUCUGGCUUUUUAAUGGGGGGCACAUGUUUCCAGUCAAGUAGUAACAAAUUAUUGCAAGUAUUGUCUAUUCUUACCUGAGGAUUUUAUUAUCACCCAUUUAUGUUUGUUAUAUCUAUUGGGUUGAGGCAAAAUACAUUGGAAGACCAAUCAACUGUUAGAUCUUGAAGAGCACAGGCCACACAGAUAUAAACAGUUACACAUAACUGGAAUUCCAAUAUUUGCCAUGAGUCCAAGGUUUUGGAAGCUUUAAAACACACGGGUAUAUUAAUUAAAAAAGUAAAAUGGCAGAUGCUUUUGAAGAAACUUUGAUCAUUUAUGAGUUGAAAUAAGUGGUGUAGCUUAUUAAAUAAAUGCUUUGAAAAGAGCAGCAAUGCUAAAUAUUUCUUGUGUUGUGUCACACUGAAAUGAAAGCAGGGUGAGGCUGUGACUUUCAUGUUGUUCCUAUGUCACAUUUACUUAAUUAUGAUUCAUCAUCCCCCUCCUCCACACACCCCUUCCUUGAAAAUUGUUGCUUGAGGAAUAUUUCUAGAAUUUAGAAGCCAAUAAGAUUUUUAUUUUUAAGAAAGAAAUGCAGUCAUUUAAUAAACUAAUUACAAUGAUUUUAAAAUAAAAGUUUGUUUUAGAUUAGAUUAAGAGUAUUUUCCUUUAACCUGUUAAUGCUGUUAGGGUGUUCUAUGCUGUCCCCAUUAUAAUGGGCUUUAAAGCUGUCAUAGUGGCAUUGAACGCCUUUGAGCUUUGAGCCCCAGCGCCCUGCAAGUACUCACCUCCGCCGAGAUCUGCUUCUAGGGUACUGCCUGACAGCCCAGGAAGUUCCCCUCUGCAAUUUAGGCCCCCGCGGGCCAUGUGAUCGCUCUGAAAGAUAGGUGUAUUUUAUUGCAGUAAGCUCUAACAGUAUUAUGACAUUCAUAGUUAAAAUGUCAUGCAGAUCUUUAAAAUUAAAAAAAUUUCUUAGUAUCUCACCCUUUCUUAGAUUUUAUUCAUAUUCAGUUAUGUUGUGUAUAUAUAAAUAUGUAAUAUGAAAUUAAACCCCUGUUCCUCCUUAACAAAAUGAUAUAUAAUAAGUGUGGGUGCACUUAAAGGACCACUCUAGGCACCCAGACCACUUCAGCUUAAUGAAGUGGUCUGGGUGCCAGGUCCUUCUAGGGUUAACCCAUUUUUUCAUAAUUAUAGCAGUUUCAGAGAAACUGCUAUAAUUAUGAAUGGGUUAAGCCUUCCCCCUAAUCCUCUAGUAGCUGUCUCAUUGACAGCCACUAGAGGCGCUUGCGUGCUUCUCACUGUGAAAAUCACAGUGAGAGCACGCCAGCGUCCAUAGGAAAGCAUUGUAAAUGCUUUCCUAUGAGACCGGCUGAAUGCGCGCGCAGCUCUUGCCGCGCGUGCGCAUUCAGCCGGCGGGGCGGAUCGGAGGUGGAGAGGAGGAGGAGAGCUCUCCGCCCAGCGCUGGAAAAAGGUAAGUUUUUACCCCUUUCCCCCUUCCAGAGCCGGGCGGGAGGGGGACCCUGAGGGUGGGGGCACCCUCAGGGCACUAUAGUGCCAGGAAAACGAGUAUGUUUUCCUGGCACUAUAGUGGUCCUUUAAUACGAAAGAGGUGAAUUAUGGUUGAACAACAUGUAGCGCAAAUUCCAGUUUUUUUUUUACGUUUUGACUUGAUCCCAACUUGUACAACUGGCUCCAUCCUUAAGGGGUUAAUUUGACAAGGGAUAUUCUAGAAUAGUACAAAGUUAGAUCAUUCUUUGAUUGCUUUGAAUUUCUUGUGCGAUUGUGUCUUAUGUCAGCAUUUUCCCACACUAUCUUAUUUUAUAGACACUUCUACAUUUUUCUUUAAGUCUGUGUUAUGACUAAUAUAAUUACCUGCAUUGAUGUCAUCAUAUUUCUUGUUUUAAAACAAGAUCAACAGUUUUAUUGGCUUAAACAGAUAAUAUGGAAAUCAACAAAGUUGUUAUACUUCAGGGUCUUAAGAUACUGUCAUUAACUUAAAGACACGUUUAAAUUAAUCUUCUCUAGUUUUUUUUUUGUAACCCAUGUUGCUUGUAAAUUUCGUCAAAUGUAGAUUCUAUUUUCUAUUAGUUGAAGCAUAUUGAACGCUGGAAUGUCGUGAAACAAAACAUACAAUGGCAUUUGUUAUUUAUUCUCUGUUCAUUUGUAUUGAUAGACUCCAAACGUUAGUAUGCCAAUUGUAUGAUCUAACAAAAAGUAAGCAAGUAAUUAAGAUGGGGGAGUAACUGAGUAACAGCAAUUAGAAACAGGGUGUGACAGUUCAUUAUGUAUAUGUUUAACCUGUAAUCAAAAGAUUUACACUUCUGUGUGUAUUUGUAUUGAAUGCUGUCUAUUAAACACAAUUCUACAUUAAUCAAUCAACGAUAUAAUACUACGUAUUAGACAUGUGCAUUCGUUUUCGUACGAAUACAAUUUGGCCGAAAUUGCAGACUUUUUUGUAUUUGUUUACUAAAACGUAAAUGAAAGUCCUACAUACGAAAUCUAAACGAAAUGAAAGGGUAAAUGCAGAAUGCAUUACCUUUUCGUUUCAGUUCUUUCAUUUAAUAGACUUUGUGCUGCAGGGGAAUUAAGCCCCACAGCACGGAGGAGAAACAAAAACCAUUGGUUCUCCCUGCAGACUGACACUAAACCUGUGCAGGGAUGCAAGGAGACUCUUACAAGUACAGUUAAGUGACUUAAGCUGUGCUUGACGAAAAUACCACUGCGCAUGCACAAAAAUAAAAAAGCAAGAGGGAGCCGGCAACACUACCAGCUUCCUUCUUGUAAUCAAUAAUAUUAAUUCCUACCCCCCCGUACUAAUAAAAGAGAGUUUAAAUACUCCUGCAUGCCCCUGCUCGUGGCUUGCCAUGAGUAGGGGCAUGUUGCCUAAACAGCGAGCAGCCAGUGGCUGCUCACUGUCAUUUAAAACUACUAGUGAAUGGGCAGCUAUUGCUGCCCAGUCGCUAGUGCCGUUCCCCCAUGGUGGGGAACCCAAAUAACAAAAAUGGAGUGGACAUAGUACCACCCCUCACACCCCCACCCAUGACCGGCGGGUGGGGGACCUUAAAUAAUUAAAUAAAGGGGGGGACCUAAUGUCCCCACCCAUGACCGGCAGAUGGGGACCUUAAUUAAAUAAAUAAUGGGGGGGGGCUAUUGUCUCCCCUCCCCAUCCCCUACCCAAUGAGUGGUCGGUGGGGCCAAAUAUAAAAAAUACCAACCCCUUAAGUGACUAGGGGUCCCCAAACCUCUAGUCACCCCCUCCACAAUAGAAUUAAACUCUACCUACCCCCUCACUCUAAAAAUAACAAAAACUAACACCCUGUAAAAUAAAAUGUCAUACUUACCAUUAGAUGUCUUCAUUCUUUGUUUCAAGUGCCAGCUUGUCUUUUUUUAUUUUUAUCUUUGUUUUCACUUAACAUGCAAGUACAAAACAAUCAUUUUAUUUAGACCAGUUUUCCAAACUGGGUCCAUAUGCAUCCUUAUUGAUCCUAUAUCAGAACAGGGAAAUCCAUAACUCCUGUAGCAUUUGGGUGAAAUAAGUUUUGGAGGUUUAGAGAACUCAGGUCUACAGAUCAACAAGGUACAGAGUUAAUAUAACAAUUAAAGUCUAAUAUGUUCCUUAUAUAUUUUAGUAGUUAGCUUUAAUAAGAAAAUAACAACAUUUUUGCUUCUCACAAAUACCAUAUAAAAUAAUAGAUGGACAGUAAACUCCACAACACAGGAGAAAAACAAAACAACAAUUUCCUGACUAAAUGACACAUGUUGGCAGUAAUUAUGUUGAUUCUCUCACCUUAUCACUGUUGUGAUCAUUGCACUGGGCUGCCCUUUGUUCUCUAUUGGCCAAUGAUUUGUUGUAACCUCUUAAUACCUCAGGCCAAAGGAUGAACAAAGAGGAGAUGGCUUAAUGUUCUACACCCCUCAGCCAUGUAUUGUGCCUAAACAUGUAGGAAGCACAAAUGUGACAUUUUCAUGCUUUCAAGAUAAAAGGGUGGAAUAAGUCCCCCUCUAGUUUUAGGAAUCAUUGGGAUUGUUCUUUCUUAAUGUGAAUAUACACUGAUCAAGACAUAAGAAGCAGAUCCUAUAAGUUUUGCAAGUUGUGAGGUGGGGCCUCCAUGGAUUGUGCUUGUUGUUCCAGCACAUCCCACAUAUUGAGAUCUGGGAAAUUUGGAGGCCAAGGCAAAACCUUGAACUCUUUGUAAUGUUCCUCAAACUAUUCUUGAACAAUUUUGUAGUGUGGCAGGGUGCAUUAUCCUACUGUAAGAGGUCACCGCCAUCAGGGAACAUCAAUGCCAUGAAAGGGUACGUAGUCUGCAACUUUCCCUAGGUAGGUGUUAUUUGUCAAAGUAACAUCCACAUGAAUGCCAGGAUGCCAUGCCAUGAAUUGCCCAGAGCAUAACACUGCCUCCAUCGGCCUGCCUUCUUAUGACAGUGCAUCUUGUUGAUAUAUUUUUCCCAGGUAAACAACACACUCACAUCCUGCCAUCCACUUGAUCUAAAAGAAAAUGCAAUUCAUCAGAACAUUAUCCAUUGCUCCAUGGUCCAGUUCUGAUGCUCAUGUCCCCUUUGAAGGUGAUUUUAAUGGUGCAUUGGGGUCAUCAUGUGCACCCUGAACAGUCUGAAGCUACACAGCCCCGUACUCAGCAAACUGCAAUGCUGACACCUUUCUAUCCUAACAUAGAAACAUAGAAUGUGAUGGCAGAUAAGAACCAUUUGGCCCAUCUAGUCUGCCCAAGGCUGGCCCCUCAUUAAUUUAUUAAGCAAUUUGCAUUACAGUAGCUCUUCUGUGUUUUCAAACCAGAUGGGCUAGUCUUCAUUCUCCACAAACAACGAUGAGCCUUGGGCACCAAUAACCCUAAUGACGGUUCCCUGGUUGUCUUUUCUUGCACCACUUUUGGUAGUUACUAACCAGUGGAUGCAGCGAACAAAACUUGCCGAUUUGAAGAUGCUCUGAACCAAUUUUCAAGCCAUCACUUGCCCCUUUUCAAAAUCAUUCAGAUUUUCCCAAUUGCCCAUUUUUACUGUAUCUAAGAUGUGAAAUUCAAGACCUUACUGUUAACUUACUGCCUGAUAUAUCCCACCAUUUGACAGGUGUCAUUGUAAUGAUAUAAUCAAUGUUAUUCCCUAGAACCUGUCAGUGGUUUUAAUGUUUCAGCUGAUGAGUGUAUGUGUUUCAUUCCAGUGCUGUACCUGAAAGCUACAAUUUGUCAAACUCAUGUUCAGAUCUGAAAUCAUUAAAGUACACUGCACGUAGGCACUGUAACCUCUUCGUUUUAUUAAACUGGUUUUGGUGAUUGGAGUCCCACAGCAUUGUCCUCGGUGUGAAACUAUUGCUAAUGCUUUAAUGCUAAAUUCGGGCUCCCUAUGAUUUGCCAGGAACUCUCCUGAGUGUUAAACUGCUGUUUAUUAGGCACAAAUUAAUCAUCAACUUAAUUAUGCAAAAAUAAUAACCAUCUUAAAAAACAGAAUUAAAAUUUUCAUGCUUGAUUUCUUAAAUUGAAACAAAAAACCUGACAUUUAAUACAUUGUACUAAUAUGCUUUACAACGAUACAAUAAACAAUCCAAUCUUAUUUAUGCAUUUUUUUUAAAUCAUUACAAUCUAUGGCAAUCAUUUUCAUUUGUAAUUAGUCAUGUAUACAUAUAAACAACUGCUUCUUUAGUGUUUUUCUAUAUUCAAUGUACUGCAAUGGCAGACUGCCUGAAAUACUACAAUUCUAAGUAAACAAAUUACUGGAAAUACAUCUGAAUAUUUGUUCAAGCAGGAAACAAUUAAAUUGUACUUUAUGGGAAGUGUUUUAUUAGAGUGAGACGUCAAUAUUGCAUUUCACGUUGUUAAGUUUGGUUAAAACAUUCUCCAAAUAAUGUGUUGGUGAGUUGACAAUGUUUUACUGUAUUAGGUAUGUGUAUUGUGGUUAACUGUUAUAAAUUUGCAGCCUAUUUACUACAACAUGUGUAGUAUAGUGAAUAUACUUCUAAUUAAUGACAAAUAUAAAUUUGAAUUGUCCAAAUUAACAGAAUUCUGUUUUGUCUUUUAUAGGUUUUUCAUGAUUAGCGGUUAACAAUGUCUGCAAUGAUGGAGUCUCUGUCAUUGCUUUCAUCUUUGCACGAUGAAGUAAAAUCAGAAAACUUUCUUGAACCCCACUAUAAAGAGUACUAUCGUGUCGCCAUUGAGGCAUUAAUAGAGGGAGGAGUGACUUCAUACCAGGAAUGUCUUGUUAAGGAAGGGGCUGCAGAAUUCCUUGCAGAAAAUGAACUCAACUAUAUAACCAAUCACAUAAAGAAGCCAACAGAGAACAAUGACAAUUCACAUGGAGAUGUAACUGAUGAUACAUCAUCUUCUGGAACUUAUUGGCCUAUUGAAUCUGAUGUAGAAGCACCAAAUCUUGAGUUGGGAUGGCCAUGUAUAGCACCUGGACUAAUAGGGGCUACCGAUAUAAAUUUGUAUUUUCAUCCUCCAAGAGGACAUCCUUUCACCAUAAAAGAAAUUGUUAGAAGAAUGAUCAAAGAAGCAAGACAGGUAAGAAUGUCUGAAUUAAGUUGUAAAAUAAAAUAUUUUUUUCCAGUUAUUUUAUAAUAAUUAAAAAUAUUUAUAAUUUAGUGAUUUGUCAAAGCCACCUUGUGUGCUCUUUCAAUCCAAAUGAUAUGAACUUGAAAAAAAGGUUAAAUUAUAUUCCUACCAAUUCAUAGUUAACAUUUAUAUGAAUGUGUUUGCAUUUAGAAAAAGUCAAUGAAAUCCGAAAGCAUUGUUGCUAAAAAAACAAAAGAGCAACAUGUAGGUUUAUUUUGUAAACAUUAACUUGAAGUUAAUAGAUAGCCAACUUGUAAAAUCCCACCCAACUGUAAAUUGUUUACAGUAAUGAAAACAUGAAAAAACAACUGAAAACUUGAAAAUAUUAUCCAGGUUAUCACUGUUUUGAGCAUGAUAUAACUCAGACACCCCGUUUCUUAAAUCCCACUACUGAACAAAUCUGAACAGUGUUUUGUUGUAUUUUUACAUUUCUAUGUUAUUCACAACACUGAUGGAAUGUCUAGCUGAUAACUAGAUUUUGUUGGGCUAAAUUAGAAUAUAUGCAACUAGUUAUAUAAAAUUAAGUGGGCAACAUGUUUCAGAGCUGGAUAUUGUUUAUUACGUGUGUUCACAAGGCUAUUCAGUGUGGUGCUAGAUUUUCUCUAAAAUCUGUUAAACCUAAAGGGGAAUUCAGAUCACUAUACUACAGCUAACCGAAGUGGUUACAACGCAAAGAGUUUUACAUGCUGCCCUCCCGAGUGUGUGUCACAUAAUUUAUAAUGUCAGGGCAAAUUCCAGGGCUCUAAUAGCACAAACAGUCUGGCCCUGCAUAUGCUCCUCCAACUAUGGGCAGCAAUAUUAAUGGCUGUGAUUGCUGCAUUAACCUCUGGCUCACAAAGACUCUUUGCACAAAAACUGCUGAAAUGAGCCUUGUUGAGUUCAAUUUUCAAGUCUAUGAGAUAAAUGGUCUUGUUCAUAUUAGAGAACACUUGAAUUUAUGGUACAUUUGUAUCCAACAUUAACAUCUUUGGAAAAACUAGUGUUUUCAGAACAGUUACUCAUCCACAUGUAUCUUUAUAUUUUAUUCGACAUUUGUCUGAAGAAUAAUUAUGAACAUAUUUUUUACUCAAUAAUUACCUAAGGAAAUUACAGGUAAUGUUAGACUGGAAGAUGCAAAUUUUAAUGUAGCAAAAAAAAUUGUUUUCAAUUUUCCGAAAUGGAAGACCUAUGUAUAUUUUGAUCAAUCACUUAUAUAUAUUCAAUAUCCAUAUUUUUUUAAGAAGCUGUCUAAUGAAAUUGAUCCAUUCUCAUUGUAUUAUUGAAUUUGUUUUUAAGCUAGAGUAAUUCACUGAUUUGCAUUUUAAUCAUUUAUUUAUGUAUUUAUAAUUAAAGAGCAGGAUAGAAAGGUAAUUUCAAAGACCACCAUUAGUCAUAAUGUACAGUAACAUUGCAAUAGACUGAUAAAUGUAACACAGUUUUAACUAUAUAAAUUAAACUAAAUUACAUAAACUUUUAGAAACAUUGACAUUGUAUUUGUGUAGUCUAAGUAUAAGCUGGUUAUAUUUCUAAUCAAAAUGCUACUCCUUGGAUAUGGCAAUAAAGCAAAUGUAUCACUGGGUUUGGGGGAUCAUGGAUUUAAAUAAAGUAACAUAUUUCAUAAUUGGUACACAAUGUUGAUGUUAAAGCCAUUACAAUAGUACCUUAUCGACUAUACUGAUAAUUUUGUACAGAGACUCACAAACAGUAGUGGGUAAUGGUCAUAACCUAGAUCUCAUGGAAACCUGAAUUUAAGUGGCUUGCAAACUACUUUAACUGAAUUAUCUAGAAUUCGGGUAGAGAUUAUUAAGAAUAGUUGGGAAACUAAAAAAAAAAAUUAACAGAUAGGUGUGGGAUAUUGUGAUGUCAGCUUUAGGCUUUGUGGCCUUCUGAUAACAGUGAGAAAGAGAAUAUACCUUGAAAUUCUUCAUCAAACAUUUUGAGCAGCAAUGGCCAGCUAAGGCUAAUGCAGUUUUUGAUGUAGAUACUUCUCACAUAUAACUAUAGGCAUACGUUACAGUAGUAACUUAUGAGAUAUAUGUUUGUUCUGGAAAAAAAAUUUCAACAAAAAUAUAGCUGUCAGUGCUGAAAACUGAAAUUAAGCUUUUUGCAAUGCUUAAAGGACCACUAUAGUGCCAGGAAAACAAACUCAUUUUCCUGGCACUAUGUAGCCCUUAGGUCCCCCCCACCCUCAUGGCCCCUCUCCCGCUGGGCUGAAGGAGUUAAAACCCCUUCAGCCCCUUACCUUAAUCCAGCACCGAGGGAGCCCUGCCGACGUUAGCGCCGAAUGCGCAUGCGCGGCAAGAGCUGCGCGCGCAUUCAAAUCAUCCAUAGGAAAGCAUUACUCAAUGCUUUCCUAUGGACGUCAGCAUCUUCUCACUCUGAUUUUCACAGUGAGAAUUGCGGAAGCGUCUCUAGUGGCUGUCAGUGAGUACAGCCACUAGAGGCUGGAUUAACCCUCAGUGAAACAUAGCAGUUUCUCUGAAACUGCUAUGUUUUCAGCUGGAGGUUUAAAACUAGAACGACCUGGCACCCAGACCACUUCAUUGAGCUGAAGUGGUCUGGGUGCCUAUAGUGGUCCUUUAAUGCAGUGUACAAAGAACCAUAUGCAACUGUGAUUUUACCAAUUAGACAAAAUUUAUGAACUUAAAAACGAUGCCAUUUUGUAAUUACUAAAUAUGUGUGGAGCUAUCAUAAGGCAGAAACUGUAUUUCGUAUGAACUUGGGAGCAAACCAGUCAAUACUAUAAUGGCAACAGAGAACACUUUUUGUUUUUAACUAGCAGAUACAUCUUUACGUUGCCUCCGCAUGCUUACUAGAGUGUAUAGUUUUAUUCACUAAACAGUAUGUUGUUAUGUGAUGCCUAUGGACAUGCAAAUUGCCACAAUAGUCAAAGAUUUGAAUGAUUUUAAAUGUUUUACAUAUAAGACAAAAACCUCCAGCACAACAACGUCUUCUCAAUCUGCAGAUGUGCAGAGUUUAUUUGAAGAGCACCAAGUACAUAAAAAGAUUGACUAAUGUGUCAGUCAGAUGAACUUUCUCAGGCUUCUUCAUAACUUUCUUUAGUUUUAUGCCUGGCGUAGUUGCUCAAUCUUUUUAUGUACUUGGUGACGCCAAAUAAAUUCUUCAUGUCUAAUGAGAAGAAGUUGUUGUGCUGGACCUUUUGACUUACCAGUAUCGUGUGGGCAUUAUUUUCUGCAUAUUUACAUAUGUUGAUAUCAGAAACAGAAGUGAUGCAGAUGUAGAAGACUCGACUCCUGCCAAACUUAAAUGUGUGAGGAGUAUAAAUAUAGACAAACUAUUCUUGGAUGACUUCCCCCUUACAUGAAAACUUUAGUGAAUAACUAGUUUAGAGAUAAUUCCACAGGUUAACUGUUUUAAGCCACAUUGGCUGACAUAAAGUUCAAAUUUAGUGCAACUCGACCCUAUGAGACUUAUAUGUCUGAAUUGGGAAUAACCUUUAAGAAUACAUUAUUAUUUUAUAAAAAUUUCCUUAAAAUAUUUGUAUUGCUUUAUAAUUUUCAAUUUUCUACAAUGUGCCCUAAGUUUAAAGGUGCAGUCUAAGCAUCAUAACCACUACAUCUCAAUGUAGUAAUUAUGAUUCUAGGAGUCUCCUGGCAUCAUAUAAGAUAAAAAGUCAAUAUGUUUUUGAAUGAUUAACCCUUACCCUGUUUUCCCCUUUUCAGAUACAGCUAAAACAGAGGUUCCCUGUCUGCAUUAGGUAUGUAAAUUUUGCCCUUAAUUGUCCAAAACACAGUGGCUGAGAGUCCCACCUGAUCCUCUUAGCCAAUGAAUUCUGGCAAUAAAUGGGCAGAAAUUCCAUCAGUAAUGCAGAAGUAGGGACUUGGAGUUAUCUAAAGAGGGUCUGGACACCAGUUGCCCAUUUAAGUGUUAAACCAGUAGAAAACGUUUUGACUUUUGAUCAUGGUACAGUGCAAUGGAACUCCUUAACAAUAACCACUACAGGCGGUUGUAUCAGCUAUGGUGCUUAGAGUGUCCUUCAGUUCCCUCACUUCUGGUGCCUCACGUCAGUGAACUUAAUGAAAUUGUUAUGGGGUCUGUGUUCCUUUAAUAUUCUUUACAUAAUUAAUAUAUAAAGCUCCAUACUAAUGAUCAGUACAUUGAAAAUAUUAUUAAAUAUUAAUGAAGCAGACUUUUUUUUGAUGCUUAUUAUGUUCAUAUUCCAAUACUUUCCUGAAUAAGGAGAUUAGUAGAAUUAUUGAUACAAAUGAAAGAGGUUAAAUCAUACUGAAAACCAAAUCCUGCCUAAUGAUUCACUGUGUUUAUUAGUUGUCCACGUGUGUGAAAAUCAUUGUUCUUCUAUAAGCAAACAAUUAUGAGAAAAAGGGAAGUGCCUCUUUACAGAAAAGCUGUAGGUAGUGCUUAGAACCUUAUUGUAUUCUGCUCUGAUGACUAAACAUUAUGCAUAGCUAAUAAGCAUUGUAUUUCUACACCAUAUAACCUGCAGAUGAAUCAUUCACUUCACAAGCAAAUUAAGAAGUAAACUAGUAAUUAUUUAAAGCGAACAUUGAAUGUUUUCUUCAUUAGUGGUUUCCUGUUUCAAAAGAAAUCAAAUAAUGAUCUUCAGAAUAAUUUAGUUACACAUUGGGGUUGUUACUCAAAAUACAGAUGCCAACCUUACAUUUUUUAUUUAUUAUUAAUGCCAUUUUUGUCAAGCACAUCUGUUGAAUUUGCUUAAAAGGAAAUCUUUGGAUGAGAAGAUCAGAUAUUUUGUAAUUUAAGGCAUCAUUUACAUUGCAGUAUGAGAAUGAAUAAAAAAACAAAAUAAAAUGUUAUGUAUCCAUUAUAUCUCUGGUUAUAUUACCACAAAAUAGGUUGUUACAGAUUUAUUUUCUUUGUUAGCUGCCUGAAAACACAAGGUCACACAGCAUGAUCAAUAAUCUCACACACAGGGGACAAAAGUUAAUGUGAUUUGCAUUAGAUCAGCUGCUGUAGGUUUAAAGUAAACAGCAGAUCAUUAAGGUUUUAAAUAUCUUUUGCAUCUGAAAAAAAAGUCAAAACACAUCUCUGUGCAGCUCAACAGAUACAGUGGAAUACACUAUUUUGAAAGCAGAAAAUAAACAAAAGACUGUUUCUAAGCCUUGGGCAAGUAGGUUUACCUCUAUGAAAAGCUUAAAGCAUCAUGCCUAUGCCUUUGGCUCUCCUUGUACAUUUCACAGGGCUGGGUUCAUUACAAUACCUAAGUCAAUUCUUGUUGCAAAGGGUGGGGAUCUUUUUAAGAUUUUAUUUUCCCUUCUGAAUAGUGAAUGCUUCUUUCUCAGUAAAUCUUGUUUAUGCAUUAAAAUAUCAAUUUUGAUGAUUUAUGAGUUCUUCAAGGUAUAAUAAACGCUGGCUUUACAUGUCAGACAUUACAUAUUAAUAUGAGUUAAUAAAUAUUUUUUAUUUGCUUAUAUCAUACUGCAAUGUAUUCAACACGAACGUGCUCAUUUGGCUUAUUUUACCUGCAGUACCUUACCCACAUUUGACAAGUGUAGCAGAUAUGUACUGAAAUGUUUUUAGUUCACAUCUGAGGUAAUCUAUAUGGCAAACUGCAUGGAGAAAAGCAGAUGGAUUGACUGGUUUACCAAUUCAUCAGAACAGUGCUUACAACUACAAAUAGGAAAUAUUCUUCCUUGGAAUGAAAACUACUGUCACGCUGCAGUUCUUUAAGUUGGAUAUAAUGUUGGCAGGCAAGUCCAGUCUAACCCUCAUUUAGAAUGUUGAUGCAAUUUUUAUUUAUUUUUUAUGUAAUUAACAUUUUAUUAAGGCAACUAGUUCUAGAGUAAGUAAUCUAUACAAUGAUACACAUGGACUGGUUACAAACAGAUUGGGGGAAUAUUAGUAUAUGUCAUAAAUCAAGCAAAGCUGAAUAUAUAUGAAUAUAAUAUGAAAAACAAACAUAUCAGUUCUUACAAAAUAGCCUUAGUAACCAUUGCACUUGAUCUUUCAGGUUUAAACCCAACACCAUCAAAAGAACAAAUAGAUCAUUAAUCACUUUUCUUCAGGAAUAAAACAUCAUAUCACAUAAUCCUUUGUUCGCACAAUAUAGCAUCCUCAACACUGUAGUGAUGAAACUGUGUACCUUGCAUAUUCAUUAAUAGUUAGUUGGCUGUUCUCUGGAUUUUUUUUUAAUUUGAAAUCAAAUACAUAUUGGUGAGACCCUACAUCUGAUUAUCCCUGAGUAUGAGAACAAGUUUGAAUUAUGUACUUAUAUUUAGUAUGUAUAUUGCAUCUUUCUCCCAGUGAGACUCAAAGCACUGUUCAACUCUUGGAAUUAACCAAAUUGCCAGCUGAAUAAUAAUAGAUGGUAUUAUUACCCAAUCGAUAGUAUUCAUUUUAUUGACCUUGGAAGGAUGAAUGGCUGAGUUGACUCUGCUGGGACUUGAACAUUGUGUUUUUGAUCAAAGCGCUGUAGUCAUGGAAUUUACCAAUUGAUCUAUCUGCACCAUUCAAUAUCAAAGUCUAAAAGGUAAUAGGAUACAUGCAAUGCUCUCUGACUAGUUUGUUUUUCUCUCUGGUGCUACUUCUGCAAAAAAGCAUUGCAGAAUCUUUGGUACACCAUUUAGAACUGAACUAAAAUUUCAACUACUAUUUUACUAGAAAUAGGAAAAUUCAACAUGAUGAACUUUGCUAUUGAACUGCAAAAGAAACACCACCAUGUUAUGUAGCCAAACAGUUUGUGAACUGUUUCAAAACAUACCUGGAGUUCACUAGGCAUGACUGACUUCUCCUCCGCCGCCCGUAAGCUUAAGUGCUAAGUUCAGGGAAGCUAAUGGUUUGUCUCUUUACAUUGGAAGGGUCCAGAAUUCUACUAGCACCAUGACUGGGGUAUAGCAGUUAUGGUGCUUGGAAUGUUCUUUUAAUGACAAGGAUAUUCACAAAACAGCAGAUGUUGUCUGCAUGGACAAAAUCUAAUAAAAAUUGAUUAAUUCUGACUGGGAUGGCAAUUCUCAUAUUUACUAAAGCCAAGUCGGGUCGGCCCGACCUGAUUUGCACCAAUCAUUUUGUGAACAGAUUAUAAUCGGCGUUUUUGCAAAGUAUAAGAUUUGGAAUAUUCAGAUUAAAGCAUCAGUUUAAGUAAUAUUCAGAACUGAAUGCAUCUAGCAUUUUGCAAAUGCUAACUUUAAGUAUUUUAAGUACUAUUUUCGUUAGCAGUCAAUGGACAAAUAGUUAAAUAUUCCUUAACAGUGUCAGGGCUCCUCAUGUGGCAGCUGCCCAUCUCUUGCUUGACAGCCACUACAUUUAAAGUGAUUUUUAAAAAAUGAAAUAAAUACAAAUUCUAUGGGGUUCAAUAAGCCUCAUUCAAUAAUUUGGACCUGCAAUUUGGACUUUAGUGAAUAAAACAGUGACACUAAAAUGUUAUUCACAAUUUUAGGAUUUUCCAUGAAGUUACUGGAUUAUUCCUUUUUAGCAUCACUGGGCUCUUGAAACACAUUAAAUAAACCUAUUCCUUAAACAUGGGUUUCUGCUAAAUAUAAGAACAUGUUUUAACAUUAAUGAACAUGCAAGAUUACAGUUUUAGUCAUAACUAGAGUUGAGUGAACCUGAACUGUAAAGUUCGGAUUCGUACCGAACAUUACGGUUUUUGGACCCUGGAUCCGAACACAGACAUUUCAGUGUAUGGUCGGGUUGGAGUUCGGUGUUCGGCGACUUAAUGGCACGUUUUGAAAGGUUGCAGGGCAGCCAAUCAACAAGAGUUUGACUCAUGUACCCUUAGAAGCCAUCACAUGCCUACUAAUGACAUGGCUGUGAUUGGCCAGUGCAGCAUGUGACCCAGCCUCUAUAUAUAAGCUGGAGUCACGUAGCACCGCACAUCACAUGAGCUGUUAUUAAUGUAGGGAGAGGAUGCUGCAGCUGUGAGGGACAGAUAAGGAAAGAAUUCUGGUGUUGAAUCUGCAAACUACAGCGAUUAUUUUUGUGGGUGCUAUACUACAUUUUUGUACCCUGCCCUGAGCCCAGUGCCACAGAGAGUGCAGUGCACUUGCAACUGCAUGUGUGACAGGCACAUUACUUUAAUCCCGUUCUGGUAACUCAGUGGGCAACAUCUAGGCAUUUUUAAAUAUUGCAAUUUUUUUGGUGCUAAAUAGUACAUUUCUUGCUGUCUAAUAAAACCCUUAAAUACUACUGUUCCAUUGUUGGUUUAAAAAAAUCACACUUUUUCUGUGCUAAAUAGUACAUUUGCGCCCUGCGGUGCACUUCAUAUCUGACAGUCAAAUAGAACCGUCAAAUACUGUGGUUACAGCGCAGUUUUAAAAAUUUAAAAUUUUUGGGUGCUAAAUAGUACAUUUGGGGUGUGCACUUCAUAUCUGAGAGUCAAAUAGAACCAUCAAAUACUGUAGAUACAUCGCAGUUUUAAAAAUGCAAAUGUUUUGGUGCUAAAUAGUACAUAUGGGGUGUGCACUUCAUAUAUGAGAGUCAAAUAGAACCGUCAAAUACUGUGGUUACAUCGCAGUUUUAAAAAUUCAAAUGUUUUGGUGCUAAAUAGUACAUUUGGGGUGUGCACUUCAUAUCUGGUGUAUGUGUGCAACACUGGCUAGUUUCUGAGAGUCAAAUAGAAUCAUCAAACACUGUGGUUACAUUGCACUUUGAAAAAUGCUAUUUUUUUGGGUGCUAAAUAGUACAUUUGGGGUGUCACUUCAUAUCUGAGAGUCAAAUAGAAUCAUCAAACACUGUGGUUACAGGACAGCUUUAAAAAUUCAAAUUUUUUGUCCUAAAUAGUACAUUUGGGGGUGUGCACUUCAUACCUGAGAGUCAAAUAGAACAGUCAAAUACUGUGGUUACAUCACAGUUUUAAAAAUUACAAAUUUUUGGUGCUAAAUAGUACAUUUGCGGUGUGCACUUCAUAUCUGGUGUAUGUGUGCAACACUGGCUAGUUAUCCCUUCUCAAGAAAGUCUAAAGACAAAUAAAUGUUGCCUAUGGUGCAGGUAGUAUAGAAGGCAAGACUGAGACAAAUCAUUCGGGUUACGUUUGCCUGUUGACAUGUUAAUUAUCUUAGACCAUUAAAAUUCAAUAAUCAAUGAAAACCCACACUGUCAUACAAAAUAUGUAAAGUGUCAUACAAAAAUAUGUAUUAUAGACAAGUUAAAGACAAGACUACAAGUCAUGCUAUAACAAAGUUAAACAAGUUUUAAAAUAUGUAUAGACUAACCAGUGGCAAGCCUUUCUGCAGGGGAAAAUACAAGGUUUACCAUGGGGCCAUAGUGCAGAGGCAACAGGCGGGCAACCAGGCUCUUCCAAUGCAAUGUGGCGAGAUUGGUCUCGUCACAGUGUAUAAAUAUCAAAACACAAGCUUAAAAAAAUUCAAAACCCAACUCUGAAGCAUGUUUGUCAUUCUGGAUGUUCAGUUGGCCUGCAAAAGAAUGAGUUAUUAAAGUAUACCACACAAGUUUUACAUAGGUUGCCAUUAUACUGUAUAUGAAAUAUUUGGAGAUACAAUUUAGAUUACUUGCACUUUGAAUCUUUAACACUCCACGCAGCAUUACCACUCCAGCUUGACAACUUUACAUGGGAGGAAGUUACCAGCAGGCCCCCAGGUUCCUGAAAGCCACAGUAGUUGGCACCUGUGUUUUUCCAGCAUGUAAAGUUCACUAAGAAUAACUUACUGAAAUGGCAAACACUAUAAUUAGUACAGCCUGUAGAUUAGUGAUAAAGAUUAUGGUCACAGUUGUGUCCUGGAGCCCUCUCAGUGUAAAUAGUCAGCUUACGAUUUGACAACUUACCUGGGUUCCACUGGGUGUUGGUAGCACCUUCCUGUGCCCUGUGUAUUGUCUGAAUGUGUGUUUAGCACAGCAGGGGGCGUUAUCACAGACAAGCGCAGCCACCUGUCCACAGCCAAUGUAGAAAAGCUCACGCUUAUUAAAAUGAACCAGGCAUGGAUCCCACCAGACUUGUCUGUACCUUGUGCAGAAUAGACAUUUAUACCGGCUUCACCCAGCUAUUGUUAUAUUCAAGUGUCAUUAUUCUUUGUUUUCUUUUUUUAUAUGUCCCAAAAUUUUGUGGGCUACCCCAAUUAAAAAGCAAACAAAAAAACAAACAAAUAGAAAACAGUGUUGGCUAACUCCUCCACCGUCGCUUCCACCUACACUGCCACUGCCUCCUCAACCUCCUACUCCACAUCCACCAUCUUCUCCUAGAGCAGGGAGCAAAAGCGGAGCGGCUGUCCCCUAGACAGUAUGCCUGCGACUGCCCACCGCACCCACGGACCGAGCACACCAAAGCCAGCUCCAAGGAGUUCCCUGGCGUGGCAGUUCUUCAGACAAUGUGCUGACGACAAGGCACUAGUGGUUUGCACGCUGUGCAAUCAGAGCCUGAAGUGAGGCAUAAAUGUUCUAAAUCUGAGCACAACCUUCAUGACCAGGUAUCUACAUGCAAAGCGCGAACUGCAGUGGAGUAAGCAACACAAAAACCAAGAAAGGUCUCAGGCUCCUCCUGCAUCCUCUUCUGCUGCUGUCUCGGCCUCCUCCUCCACCUCUUGAGUGACAGUGGCACCUGCCACCCCGCAAACAGAGGAUGUGGCAGCAAAGUCAUCACGUCCGCAACCGACCCCAAGCAUCUCCACACUGUCCCAUGGAAGCGUUCAGGUGUCCAUCUCCCAAACACCUUAGAGAAAGAGGAAGUACCCCCCUACACACCCACGAUCCCUGGCCCAGAAUGCCAGCAUUUCAAAAUUCCUGGCCUUUGAAAUGCUGUCAUUCCGUCUAGUGGAGAUGGACAGUUUUAAAAACCUGAUGGCAUUAUUGGACUGCAAGAAAUGCACUGCAGGACGCAAAUGAUUCUUUUUUUAUAUGUUCCAACAUUUUGGGGGCUACUCAAAUUAAAAAACAAAAAAUAAAAAACAGUGUUGGCUACCUCCUCCUCCUCCACCGUUGCUUCCACCUACACCGCCACAGUCACCGCCUCCUCAACCUCCUACUCCACAUCCACCUCCUCCUCCUAGUUCAAGAUUAUUAUUUUUAAUUUUUAUGUAUUUUAUUUUAUUUUAAGUUAUUUCCCUAUCCACAUUUGUUUGCAGGGCACCCCUAUUUUACUUCCUUUUGCAGCCCUCUAGCCCUUGCAGGACUUUUUUAGAGGCAUUUUAGUGCCCAAAAGUUCGGGUCCCCAUUGACUUCAAUGGGGUUCGGUUUCGGGUUCAAGUUCGGGUCAAGUUUGAGGCCGAACUCAAACUUUUUGACAAAGUUCGCCGAACUCUGCAAACCCGAACAUCCAGGUGUCUGCUCAACUCUAGUCAUAACAGUUAUCCAUAGAAAUGUCUGUCAUAGCUUGGAGCAGUGAUUACCCUUUGCAGUUUUAUCUCCUAUUUUUUUCUCUGAGGUGUUAGUAGAGUAUUUGCAUUUUCAGUAGGCAUCAAGUCAAUUUUUUUCAUAAGUACUUGCAUUUGGUAGAAUAUGUUAUUUCAUUUCAAAACUUGUAUUAUAACAUUAAUUGUUCACUCGAGUAUAUUUGUGUAACAGAGCUCUCUUCAAUAUGUAUCCAUCAUCCACAAAUACUGAUGAUGACAAUAUUAAUGUUAUUCGCUUAAAUGGAACUAUAGUUACCCAGACCACUACAGCUCAUGGAAAUGGUCUGGGUGCAGUGUCCCAGUUCCACUUAGUUUUAGAGAAACUGCACUGAUUACAUUGCAGGACUAAGACUGCCUCUAGUGGCUGCAAUCAGGGUGCCAUCAUAUGUUUUCAAAAAAAUGGGGGUCAGCCAUAUUUUUCCCUGUACUUUUUAAAUGUACAGUUGUGCUCAAAGGAUUGCAUACCCUUGGAGUAUUGGUAAUAUAUGUACCAUUUUUUAAAGAAAACAUGAGUGAGUAGGCAAAACACAUUUCUUUUAUUCCUUAUGGGAUUCAUAAUUAACUGUACGUUUUAACAGAACAGCCCAAUCAUAAAAGAAAACAUUGCAACAAACUUGUUUUCCUGGCUCUAUAGUGUCUUUGGGUACCCCCACCCUCUGGGUCCCACUCGCGCCAGGCUGAAGGGGGAGGAAGGGGUUAAAGUCAUAUAUUCCUCCAGCGCCGGGCUCCCUCGAAUGUGCAUGUGCGGCAAGAGCCACACGCGUAUUCAAUCAGUCCAUAGGAAAGCAUUUCUCAAUGCUUUCCUAUGGAUGGUGGCAUCUUCUCACUGUGAAAAUCACAGUGAGAAGCGCAGAAGCGCCUCUAGCGGUUGUCAAUGAGACAGCCACUAGAGGCUGGAUUAACCCUAAUGUAAACAUAACAGUUCCUCUGAAACUGCUAUGUUUACAGCUUCAGGGUUAACCCUAGAUGGACCUGGAACCCAGACAACUUCAUUGAGCUGAAGUGGUCUUGGUGCCUAUAGUGGUCCUUUAAUAUGGUGUAUUGUCCCCUUCAGCAUCAAUGACAGCAUGCCAUCUUUUGUAAGAUUUUGUCUAUGAAGUCCCUAAUUCUUGCAGGUGGUUUAGGUGCCCAUUCGUCUUGGAGAAAUGCCUCCAGGUCACGCAAAGUCUUUGGUCAUCUUGAAUGAACCACACGUUUGAGAUUUCCCCAGAGUGACUCGAUGAUUUCCACAACCUUUCCAUUUUUCUGCUGUAACCACUGGAGGGUCAACUUGGCUUGUGCUUAGGGUCAUUGUCAUACUGAAAAGUCCAAGAACGUUCGAUUUGCAGCCUUUGUGCAGAAGAAAGCAAAUUGCCUGCCAGUAUUUUCUGAUAACAUGCUGCAUUUAUCUUGCAAUUAAUUUUCAAAAGAUUCCCAUUACCUUUAAAGGUCACACCCCCCAAAACAUCAGUGAGCCACAACCAUGCUUCACAGUUGGGAUGGUAUUCUUUUCACUAUGGGCCUUGUUGACCUCUCCAACCAUAGCGCUUAUGUUGUGACCAUAAUGCUCUAUUUUGGACUUGUCACUCCAAAUUACAGUGUGCCAGAAGCUGUGAGGCAUGUCAAGGUGUUGUCAAGCAUAUUGUAACCAGGCUUUUUUUGUGGCAUUGGUGCAGUAAAAGCUUCUGGCAACUCAAACAUACAGCUCCUUUUUGUUCAAGUAUCGUCGUAUUGUGUUCCUUGAAACAACCACACCGUCUUUUUUCACAGCAGCAUGUAUUUCUCCUGAGGUUACCUGUGGGUUUUUCUUUGUAUCCAAAACAAUUUUUCUGGCAGUUGUGGCUGAAAUCUUUCUUGGUCUACCUGACCUUCACAUGGUAUCAAGAGAUCCCAGAAAUUUCCACUUCUUAAUAAGUAAUCGAACAGUACUGACUGACAUUUUCAAGGCUUUGGAUAUCUUUUUUUUUAAUCCUUUUCUAUCUUUAUAAAGUUACCUUGUUACACAGGUCUGUUGACAGUUAUUUUCUGCUCCCCAUUGCUCAGUAUCUAGCUUGUUCAGUGCAUCCACAUGAGAGCUAACAAACUUAUCGACUUUUUAUACACAGAUAUUAAUUGCAAUUUAAAAAGUCACAUGUGUGUGAAAUUAACCUUUACUUGCCAUUUUAACCUGUGUGUGUCACCUUGUGUGUCUGUAUCAAUGCCAAAAAUUCAAAGAGAUGUAAACUUUUGAUCAGGGCCAUUUGGGUGAAUUAUGUUAUCAUUAUGAUUUAAAAAGAAGCCAAACAACCAUGUGAUAGUAAAUGGCUCCAGUCAUAUUUUCAAAAUCAAUGCCAAAAUUUUAAAAUUUUUGCCAGGGUAUACAAACUUUUGAGCACAACUGUAUGAGAAUUUUAAUGAGGGAAAUUAAUUUAUAGUUGUCACAUGUGAAUAUGACAUUUUAACAAUUGCAAACAAUUCCAUACAUAGAAUAUAAUAACAUCAUAGUUUACCAAUACUUGGUUAUGUUUAUUAGUAAUUUGUAAUUGGUGCCCAUAUUUUGCAAUUUGUUUUUUAAUUGAAUGUUUAAAUAAUAAAUCCCAUUAGUGUUUUAACUUGGGUUAAAUAGGGUUUUAAGUGUUGAUUCAUAUUACAUAUUUGGCACAUGCAUAAACUCACAUUAUUCUAUCCCAGCAAAAAGUAGGUAUAGGAUUUACAGUAUAAUUAUUUAAUUUUUACAUGCAUAUGUGGGUAAGCAUAUUUCUUAAACACAAACUUGUGUUGGAGGUUCAGUGCAUCUUUCUGAGAAUUUUAGUACUCACUUAGAGUGCAUUUUCUAUGGUGUAGGCAUUUUGGAUGCGCACUGUUAAAUACCAGUAAAACCUUCCUCCAACAAUACUUUUUUAACAUGAUGUGCCAUCGUAAAUUAAGACUGCAAUAACAUAAUUCUUGAAGAUUUAUUUGAAGUACAAUUAUUAGCAGAUAGGUCAAACAGAAAUCUAUUUGCCUAAACUCUACUAUUACUCAAAUUAAAUGGCAAGAGAACAUAGUGAUAACAAAUUUAUUUGAGCUAAACAAUUUCUUCUAGUACCAUUAUUUUACAUUAAAAUGUAUAUUUUUCAUUUUCCAAUCAGUUUAUGCUGUGAGUUUCAAUUUAGUAAAUGUUAAUGAAAUAAGUUACAGUAUAAGCAAAGAUAUAUAGAUACUAGACUUGUGCCCAAAUCCGUUUCAGCUGUGUUGAACGAAUCAAAUGCUUUCCAAUAUAUGGACAAAUGAAUUGAUUCAUAGCUGCCUAGCAAAUCUAUUAAUUUGUCCAUAGAUUGACAGUAUGGAGUCUGAAAUACAAUCCCUGUCUGUGCUCAUUUGCUUGUCUAGUUGAGAAUAUUGUGGUCUAACCACAAUCUUUUUGUUUUCUAGCUGUAUGAUCUCAGCGACACUUCAACAUUCAAACUAGAACCAGUGCCAUGCUAAUGGGUCUCACAAAGUCAAAAUAGCAGUUCAUGGCUGGUUUAUGGCCACUGGUCAUUUUGGAUCACAGCCCUUGCUUUGUUUUUUUUUUUUUUUUUAAAGCUAUGUUUAAAGCAGUGCCUAUUGCUAAGGGUAUCUGUAGAAAUGCAGUUUGAAUACUGAAAUAUGAUGCCUGUCUGUGCUCUCUCAGGUUUCAGUGUACAAGAAGGACUUCUCCAAAUUGAGUUAUGCAGUAAUAUGUAUGUAUUUGCGGUAAUAUGUAUAAAUAUAAACAAUCAUUUUUCUAUAUGCAUUUUAUUGUGUUUGGUUUAACAAUACAUUUUGAUACCUUAAAUAUAGAAUAAAUUAAUAUGUUUGUUUUUUUACUACUCCUAUUUUUCAGAUUAUUGUUCACUUCUCACUUGAUCUGUGACAAUAUUUAGUAAUACCUAGACAUCGGACAUCAGAAGUUUUUUAUUUAAUUCAUUUUAAGUUAUUGUAUAAGGAACAGAUAUUUUUUUUCUUCUUUGUUAAAUGUGGAUGGUGGAUUGUCUUUUCUGUUGCCCACUAGCCCUGGACCUAGGUGGAGGCUUAUGCGUUGCUUACUAAUUUAUAUUUGGUAGUGAUACAAAACAGAGAUUCCGUUACAGAGAAAAAUAUAUAUGCACGAAUACAGUUUUACAUUGCUUUUUGUUGUUUUAAUGUUUUGAAAUAACCUUUUAGUGGGCAUUUGUAAAAUAUAUGUAAAUCUGCUAAAAUAUAAAACUGUAAAAUUGCAACAGAAAUAAAACAUAUGUAAUAAUACACAUAGAAGCACAGAGCAAUAUAUUGAAACGACAGCAAAGAAAGAGUUUAAAACUCAACAAUGCAGGUGUGUCAACAUCAGUUAAUCAUAAACGCAAGAAGGCCAACACCUUUUGGCGCCUGUAAUUAUUGGCAGGGAACAUGUAUAAAAAAUGACUGCAUAUAAAACUAGGUAGAUGGAGACAGUUGUUUAUUACAAUUAACCAAUUCUAAUUUAGAUAAUACUUGCUGCUACUUUGGUGUCAGCUAUCAUAGGGUGUAUACAUCAUUUAGUGUAUACUUAUUCACAAUAAAUGUUUCAUUUGAAAGUUACAUUUGGCUAUAUAUCCUUGCCAUAUUUUAUGCAAUACUUGGCUCAAAUAUCAUAUUCAAAAUAUUUCUUAUAUUGAUAUUUUUUUAUCAGAUUUAUGCAUGUGAUAUGUUUCACUCAUGAAAUUCAACCAUAAAACAAUAUCUUAACAUGUGCCAGCUUACUAUUUGUGAUCCUAAACUCAAGUUGUGUAGGACUUAAAGGGACAGCUUAAUGUAGUGGUUCUGGUGUCUAUAGCAUGUCCCUGUAGUGUUAUCUGUAUAAACACUGCCUUUUCAAAGAAAAGACAGUGUUUACAUUGCUGCCAGCGAACACCUCUAGUGGCAGUCACAGUCUCUUCAUGGAGAUGCCGAAGGCACCCCAUAGAGAUGUGUUUUGCCACAAAUCCACAAAAACCUCCCUUUGCUUUUCUAUGGGAAAGCAAUGGAUUGGCUCAGAUCAUCAAGAUCAUGGAAGUGGGGCCAAGCAGGAGAAAAAAAAGUAAGACUAUUAAUCUUAUUUCUCCACUCUGAGAGAGGCCAUAAAAUAUAUUCCAACACUAUACUGUUAGGAAAACGUCUAUAGUACUAACGCUAUAGAAUGCCUUUAAGAAUAAAUGUUACACCACAUAUUUAAAAGUCCCAGCAAACAGUCAAUAUAGGCAGAUAUCUAAUUUUUUAGACUUGGUUACAAAGCUAUCGGUAAUGAUAGAUUAGUGAGAAGGAGAUAUUUUUACUCAUUAAGGACAAAGGUUAAUUUUCACUCUAAAACCAAAGCAAAUUUGGCUUUGACAUUGUUCUGUGUUUGUACAACAUGACCCCCCUAGUAUUUAAAUUACAUCAUACAAUUAACUGUGAGUUUGAAUUGCCCCACGUAUAUUGUAGGGACAUGAGAUGAGGCUGACCAUUCACCAGAGGAGAUGACACCCUUUUGCCUUUUUCUUUUCUCUGCAUAUCAAUGCAGCUGUGAGAUUAAUGUAAGAUAUUGGGACUCUCUGCCCACUUGAGAAGUAGAAGAAAGGUAUGAUGACAUUAUCUCUUUGGGUGAUAUUUGUUGUUAAGUAAAAGAACAGUCAGCAUAUUAAUAGCUGCUGCUAGGUGUUAUAGAUUAGAGCAGCUGGACAUUUCUUUCACCAUUUACACUCUGGCAUCAUUCUGAUAUUCUAAAAAAUCAUGUCAUCAGGAACAUACAUAUAUGAUUUGUGCAAUGUAAAAGAUGCAACAUUGUUAAUAGUUAACUGUGUUUUAAUGGAAAAAUAAUGUUGUUUUGGUGUAGAUAGAUAGAUAGAUAGAUACAUAGAUAGAUUAAAAAAUGUCUAGUUUGUAGAAAGAAAUAAAUAUCUAAAACUAAAUAUAUUUUAAUUUAUCCUAAUUCUGGGUGUAUCUAUUGUCCCUAAGAUUUUUAUCUAACUUAUGUUUACAUAUCGCUUGUAAAAUGUGUACAUUACUAUUUGAAAGAUCACAUAAGUUUCAUUGCAGUCAUAGGACCCACUUAUUGUACUUUGUUGUUCAAUUUAUAAGCCUGCGUGUGCUGCAAAAGUAACAUCCUAUAAUUAUAUAGGACUACUGACUGUGGUUAACAAAUGUAUUCAUAGCUGAGAGAACUGUUAUUCUAAGGAAGACCACUGACCUUUUCCACAGCUGUAAUGGCAAAUCUAUUGCACAUAGAACUGGGAGCAUGUUUACUAUAGAUGUUUCUGUUCACUUACAUAUUUAUGACCUUUCUGGAUUACUUUAUUACAAUAUUUCUGUUUAUAUGUAAACAUCAAGAACUAUUUAGCUGGAUAUACAGAAGUAUCAAGUAUUUCUAUGACAAAUUUGUGUUGUAUCAUGUAAUACAGUGCCUAUAUUUUGAAAGCCAUCUCCACAUGCAUUUACAUUCUACAUUUUAACAGUACAUCAUUUGGUGCAUACUGAAUAUUGACAUCAUAGUAGUAUUUAACAAUUACAUUUAUCUUUAUUUUUUAUUGUUUAUAUUUGUCAUGUUAGUUUUCAAGUACUUUCUGAUGUACAUCUCACUCAAUGCAAUCCUAGUUGUUUUACUGAAAGCAACUAGUUAUGAGAAAUGAGAAAAAGUGGACCAAUUACCACCAGAGUCCAGAAAGUUCUCCGCUUACAGAAAUACAGUAAUACUGAAGUAACACAGUCUCCUGCAUAUAAGAAUAAACAUCCAGACUCCUGCUCGAGAAAAAAAAAAUAGGUUUGAAUCGAUCAAAGUUAAAUAAAAUAGAUACAGUGCCCUACACCAGUAUCGGCACCAUUGGUAAAUAUGAGCAAAGAAGGCUGUGAAAAAUUGUGUUUAUUGUUUAACUCUUUAAUCUUGUGUUCAAAAAAUACACACAAAAAAAUCUGAUUUCAUGGAUAUCAAACAAUUGCAAACACAACACAGGUUUAUAAAAGUAAAAAUCGCCAAAAGUGUAUUCUAAAAGUCGUAAGUAUAAAUCGCCAACAGUGAUUGAUGAGUGGGGAUGGGGGGGCAUGCCAGGAGAGAGACUGCUCCGCAGGAUCCUCCUUAGACCUCAAUGCUGUACUCUCAUGCAUGCUUCAGAGCACAGCAGUGACGUUGGCUCCUGGCGCUGUAGAACCGAGCAAAAUAGGCGCACCUGCGAAGGACAGGUGAAGGCAAGUAAAUCUCACCUUACUUGUCCGCCCAGUCACAGGACUCCCUGCAGCAGGGGUUUUUGUGAAUUUUCAGAGAAUUGUGAAGAAAUGUCAAUUGUAAAAAAAUAGAAUAUAAUUUCAGACCCCUUGGCCAGAAAGUCACAAUUAUCCUGUAAAUUCUCAUUAAUUGUGGUUAUUUUAGUAAUUGUGUAUUUUAAAUAUUUCUUUAGAAUUUAUCUUGCAAUAAAGUACUUAUGUAUCACGUUUUGGAGGACUGUUAGCAUUCCAACAUGAAAGGCAGGUUAAAUGAUGGUUAGCAUGUGUUGUUUUUCAUUACAUGUUCUAUGCAUUUUGACCAUGACUAACGAGAAAUACAUAGCAGACUGUGUUUGAGGAAUUUAAUUUUGAUGACUAACUGCAAGAUCCAACCUGCAAAAUCACUGCCAGCAGUAUCUGGCUCACAGUGAAACAGUCAAGUCCAACUUCUAUUACCUGGUCUUUCUGUGUAGUCCAAGCUAAUCUUUCUUGGCUCCAAAUCAGAGCAACAAUAAUGCCCAUGUCACAAUAAUUUCAAUUAUGUUUUCCUUGUAAGAUGAGAGAAGUAUAUCUUGUCAAAGUAAUUCUGUGAUAAUAAGAUUCUCUGUUGAGGGUUUUUUUUUUUCAGAGGCCCAUUUUAACUUGAAAAUAUUAAUUUCCUGUAUUCUUUGAAUAAUUCUGAAGGUCUUUGAACAAGCAUGAAUAGGAAAGUGAACAUUAAAGAAAAUAGUCCAUUUAAUUAGGAAAAGCUACAAAUAGAGGGACUGAGUACAUGUUAAAGUAGUAUCAAUAAAAUGUGUCCAAGCAGAAGUUUAAACUAUUGUAUAAUAACCCUUGAAAUAAUUAUCUAGUUUUGAUCUUCUAAUUAGACUCAAUUGUUUAAGUCUUUUAUGUUGCCAGAGCAACUUUUUUUAAAGUUGUUUUUGUCAAAUUUGGGAAACUAUUAUUUUGGUAUUUACAAAUAAAACAAAAACUUCUUUAUGUGAUACCAAAGAAAGAUCCUAGACUAAGCUUUCAGUUUAUCAGUUGUUAUAUUCAAUAACUACCUUUAUAUUAUAUGGUUAGAAAACCAGAUGUAAACUAUGUAUCUGUCUUUCAUACUGUAUGUGUUAUGCAGCUUUUUUUGUAACAAUACCCAGUAGCCUCCAGACCAGUGUCUCCCAAUUUAGUCCCCAAAGCACACUAGCAUAAUUCAUAAAUAAAAGAACACUAUAGGGUCAGAAACACAAGUGUUUAAUCCUGUCCCUAUAGUGUUAAAAUCACUAUUAACCCCCCCUAGCCCUCCUGUUCCCACUUAAAUAUAGUAAAAAAACAACCUUAUUUCACAGAUCCUUCAGUGCUGGCUCCACCCUCAGUCCGCCAUCUUGGCUGACUUCAUCAGAAUUGAUUACCUCAUACAAUCACUGUUCCCAUAAAAAGCAUUGGAUUGUCAGAGAUUGUUAAUUCUUAUGAUCUCAGCCGAGGAGGGCAGAGCCAAACACCACCCUGGCCAAUCAGCAUUGAAUCAAUGCAUCUCUGUGGGGAAAGUUCAGCAUCUCCAUGCCUAGCGUGGAGAUGCAGAGGAUGCUUUAUAAGGAGUGGUCACUACUGGUGUUCCUAGACUGUAAUGUAAACACUGUCUUUUCUCUGAAAAAGCAGUGUUUACAGCAGAAAGCCUGCAGACACUGGCAGUACUCAUUAACCCCUUCAGGACGGGUGAUGGACGAGGUCCGUCACACAGGGGAGACCCUUAACGACGGGUGACGGACCUCGUCCGUCACGCGGUAAAAUUAACCCCGGAUCGCCGCUAUCGCGGCGAUCGCGGGGUUAAUGGUGCUCCCGGUAUGCCUCUGCAUUGGAGGCAUACCGGGAGCACCCGGUCAAGCUGCCCAGCACAUGUGCUCGCUCUGACCACAAGUCGGAGCGAGCACAUGUGCUCUGAAUACUUACCUACCGGCUCCCUGCACUUCCGGGUUCUGUGUGAAGUGCAGGGAGCCGGAUCAGUGCUGAUCCUGCCCCCUGCUGUAAAAAAAAUAAAGUUAAUUUAAAGUGUCCCCCCCCCUUACCCAUUUUAAUAAAAAAUUAACCCCUUCCCUGCCAAUUGAUCACUGACUACAGUGAUCAAUUGGCAGGGAUUACAUUUUACUAUGAUCUGAUUUUUUUUUUUUAACCCCUGAGGGUUAAUUCUUUUUUUUUUAACCCUCAGGGGUUAAAUUAAUUAAAUUAAUUAAUUAAAUUAUUUUUCAAUUAUAUAUUUAGAUAGCUGGGGUAGGUGGAAGUUAGUGGGGAAUUGGGGGAUUUGACGUUAGGCUAACUAGGGGUUAACGUUAAAAAAAAGUUUUAAAAGAAACUUUAAAAAGUUAAAAAUUAAGCUUAAAAAAUGUUUUAAUAACAUUUAAGUAAUAAAAACAAAAAAACACACUUUACCUAGUCCAAAUAAAAAUUAACCCCUUCCCUGCCAGUCGAUCACUGCAUACAGCGAUCAAAUAGAGAUCACAGUAUUAUACUGUGAUCUAAUUUUUUUUAACCCCUGAGGAUUAACUUUUAUUUAUUUUUUUAACCCUCAGGGGUUCAAUUUAUUUAAUUAAUUAAUUUAAAUAUUUUAUAACUAUAUAUUUUGCUAGCUGGGGUGGGUGGGAGUUAUGGGAAAAUGGGGAAUUUACUGUUAGUGCUGCGUACUGCUAGUUAGGGGUUAACAGUAAAAAAAAUAGCUUAGAAAAAUGUUAAAUCUGUAAAAAAGUUUUAAGAAAGUUUAGGAAAGUUUAAAAAAAAUUUAUAAGCAAAACAAAAGUUUAAAAACUAGUUUUUAAAAGUAAAAAAGUUAUAAAAAGUAAAAAAAUACAUUUUAAAAACGCUCAUUACCACUACACCUGGAACAAACUAGAGAAAAAAUUAUCCCACGCCAAGGUUCAAAAUAUGCCUUUUGAAUUACCCCAGGGUGUAUUCUUUAAUAAAUAGUAUGUGUUUGUGGGGAAGUUUCAAUAACCAACUGUCUAAACUAUUCCAAAUUGGAACAUGGACACAGCGUAAAACUUCAAAGUUAGAAAAAAACUGAAUGGCUGCGUCUCAAAUGCGCCCCUUCAACAUCCACAUAUACCUGGCAAAGGUACAUACGGGGGUAUUGCUGUACUCAGCCGACAUAGCUGAGCAACAUAUGAAGUAUUAUACAGUCAUAGUACACAUAAGGUUUGCAAAAUAUGCUGCGCAAACUCACUUUGUAUGUCAAAAAGGCAGAAAAAAUGCUUAUUACCACUACACUUGGUACAAGCUAGCGGAAAAAUGAUCCCACACUAAGGUUCAAAAUAUGCCUUUUGAAAUACCCUGGGAUGUCUUCUUUAAGAAAUGGUAUGGCUUUAUGGGGAAUUUGGAUUAUAUAGCCUGGUAAAAUACUCUAAAAUGGGACAUAGGCACAGCAUAAAAAUUCAAAGUUUGAAAAAAACUGGAAUGGCUGUGUCCCAAAUGUGCCCCUCCGAUGUCCACACAUACCUGGCAAAGGUACAUACGGGGGUAUUGCUGUACUCAGCCGACAUAGCUGAGCAACAUAUGAAGUAUUAUACAGUCGUAGCACACAUAAGGUUUGCAAAAUAUACUGUGCAAACUCACUUUGUAUGUCAAAAGGCAGAAAAAACGCUUAUUACCACUACAUCUGGUACAAGCUAGCGGAAAAAUGAUCCCACGCUAAGGUUCAAACUAUACCUUUUGAAACACCCUGGGGUGUCUACUUUAAGAAAUGGUAGGCCUUUGUGGGGUAGAUUGAAUUUAAAACCUGCGAAGAUGCUUGGAAAUUGCAUAUAGGCCCAGCGUCAAAAUUCAAAGUUUGGUAAAAACGGAUAUGGCUUGGUCUCCUAUAUGGCACUGUAGCUUCACAAAAUAGUGACAAAGACAUUCAUUGGGGGUGUAUUUUUACUCAAAAGACUUAGCUGAGCAUAAUUUGGGAGGUUUGAACUUAGUGGCACAUAUGAAAUAUACAAAACGCCCAGCAAAAAUGCAAUCCGUAUGUAAAAAAUGCACAAAAUAAUUUUUUUACCACAUACUUUGGCAUAUAUUGGUGAAAAAAUGGGGGUAUGUUAAGGCACAAUAUGCACCUUAUGAGAUACCCUGGAGUGUCUACUUUUACAAAUGGUAGGCCUUUGUGGGGGUUUUUUGAACAGUCAAACUGUUAUAAUACCCCAAAUGGAAGCUAAGGCUCAUUAAAUCCGUCUCUCAAAAUUCUACUGUGAAUACUGUAAAGGACAGGUCUCCUAUAUGGCACUGUAGCUUCACGAAAUAGUGCCAAAGACAUUCAUAUGGGGUGUCAUUUUACUCAGAAGACUUAGCUGAGCAUAAUUUGGGGGGUUUGAACUUAGUGGCACAUAUGAAAUAUACAAAACGCCCAGCAAAAAUGCAAUCCGUAUGUAAAAAAUGCACAAAAUUUUUUUUUACCACAUACUUUGGCAUAUAUUGGUGAAAAAAUGGGGGCAUGUUAAGGCACAAUAUGCACCUUAUAAGAUACCCUGGAGUGUCUACUUUUACAAAUGGUAGGCCUUUGUGGGGGUUUUUGAACAGUCAAACUGUUAUAAUACCCCAAAUGGAAGCUAAGGCUCAUUAAAUUCAUCUCUCAAAAUUCUACUGUGAAUACUGAAAAGGACAGGUAUCCUGUAUGGCACUGUAACUUCACGAAAUAGUGCAAAAGACAUACAAUGGGGGUGUCAUUUUACUCAGCAGAUGUAACUGAACACAAAAUAAAACUUUGUACAGGAAUAGCACACACCAACUUUACAAAAUAUACACGAGAAUUUCUCUGUUAUAAGUUUGUGUGCCAAAAAACAAAAAGAACACAAUUUUACUCCAAUAUUUAGCAGAGGUUGGCGGUAAUAUGGCUACGUAGAAAGUGUCAAAACAACCUUAGGUAAAUAGCCCGUGAUGUCUACUUUAUAUAAAUAUAUACUUUUGUGUGGCAAUUUUGUUUUCUUUUAUGGCUAUUAAGCUUACAAGACAAACAUACCAAAUUCUAAAAUCGCUCCACAUUAAAAUUUUAUUUUACUCCUUGUGCUUUGUGACCUGUAACUACCAAAAAAAACUUAAAAUCCCAGACACAUUAUAUAUUCUGUAAAUCAGAACAAAUAAAUAAAUUUAUUUUUAAUUACUUUCCUUAACCUGCACUAAUUAUGCACACAUUAUUAUUGCAAAAACUGUAAAAAAAAACAAUAUUUUUCAUUUUUUUUGCAUUUUUCUGUAUUUUUUUUAUAAUAAGUAAGCAUUAUAUAUAUAUAUAUGUUAUAUCAAAUUAAAGCCCUUUCUGUCCUUUAAAAAACAGUAUAUAAUAUGUGUCGGUGCAAUAAAUGAGAGAGAUGCAAAUUGCAGUUGAACGCAAACAGCAAGAAAAUGCAAAAAUUGCUUGUGUCAUUAAGCGUAAGUCAAGCUUCUGAAGCUGUGUCCUUAAGGGGUUAAACUGUAGUUAUUCUGGUGACUAUGGUGUCCUUUUAAUGUUUCAUCCAUCCUGUAACUUAAAUAUUUAUAAUUAUAUCCUUGAUUAAAUGUACUAAAACACAGCAAAAUAAACCAUGUAUUACUUUUGUUAAUUCAGGUAUUCUUAUAUUAUGCCUAUGGAAACAGUCAAAACAAACUGUUUUGUCCUUCAUGGAAACCAAUAUAAUAAUACAAAGUAAAUGAUUAGUCAAGAAAUAACCCCACUACUUGGAGUUUUGAGUGAAGGGAAAGUUGAACCUUACCCGGAACACAGUGGUAUUUAUUGAUUGUAUGUAAUGUCUAAUCCUCCACUUUAACUUAACCCUUUCAGGACGGAUUCAAUAGUACACGUUCUGAUCAAAACAAAACGUAAACAAAAACUGGAAUUUGUGCUAUAUGUCUGUUCGUUAAUGUUAGGAAUUAAUGUUCAUUAAAAGCCAGUUAUAGGUUCAGGCCUAGCAGCAUCUAAACAGUGAUAAAGCACAUUCACAUAAAUGGUUAAUGAGACCACAAAUUAAAUACUCAAAGUAGGUCCUACAUUUGUUGUUCUAAUGCAUUGAAUAUCUGUAAAUAAAGAUAUUAAAUGGGUUAAUAACUUAAGUGUCACUUAGCUAUCCUUUUUUUCAUAAUUACCAAGUAUGAAUAUACUUUACUAUCAUUGUCUGUCAAUAAUUUUCACAAACUCAUUUUAUUCCCAUGAAGUGGAAACAAAUGAAUAUAUGAGCCAAUGUAAAGCAAACUUGAAGUCUGUUUUUAGACUAAUGCACACCUUUUAACAUGCUCAUUUUCUUGCUACAGGUAGUUGCAAUAGUUAUGGAUAUGUUUACCGAUGUUGAUAUCUUUAAAGAACUUGUGGAAGCUUCAACAAGAGGAGUCCCUGUUUAUCUUCUACUUGAUGAGGCCAACUUUUCUCAUUUUCUUAAAAUGACUGAGAAACAGGGAGUACAAGUUCAAAGACUCAGGGUAAGUAUGGUACUCUACUUGUCAUAAGAAUUUAAGCUGUAGAUUCUGAUGAAUCAUCAACAUAAAGAGAUAUGUAUAUUUUGGUAUAUAUAUAUAUAUAUAUAUAUAUAUAUGUAUAUAUAUAUAUAUAUAUAUAUAUAUAUAUAUAUAUAUAUUGUAUUUUUUUAACAUAUAGUACCCCUUUAUAAUGUAAAAAUCCAGAUGUGUUUACGUGAAUUGUAAAUGUUCAAUAUAAUUAAUUAUUUAGUACUUAUUCUCUACUCUUUUAAAAUUUAAAAAGGAAUCUAUAAUUCAUAUGCACUUUCUUCCUGUGAGCUUAAAUAUAUAUAUAUAGCACAUUCCUUACAGGUCAUGAUUUUAAGUCCUGACUGCUACCCUAAUUGUCAUUAACCUGAAACAUAACACAUAAUUCAUCACAGGUUUGGAUACAGUUAUUAGAGGUCUACUCACUAAACUAUAUGUUGGUUAUACCUUGAAAACUAAUAUGUAUACUUUUAACCAAAACAGAAGCGUUAAAAAAAUAAGUAAAUCUGCUUUCCUGCUGGACUGCUUUAUCUUAUAGUUUGCAAAUCAUUAUGUAACUCAUCACAAUUUAGUUGUUUAAUGACGAAACAACUAACUCCUAAGAUGAAUAUUGUUAUUAGCGUUUUGACUUGAAAAAUAAAAGGGCAAUGCUCUAGAACAUUUAUAAAAUAGGAACAAAUAUCAAUUGAUUUAAAUUUUGAUACUUCCAGCAGUAGAAGAUGAAGAGAUUAGAAAAGGCAACCAUUCAGGUUAUGGACAUUUUGUUUAUUCCUCAUUAGUAUAACAUUUAUUUAGUGUGAUAUUCAUUACUGAAACAUGUUAUAUUUAAAAAUCUGUACCCUUAUUUAUCACUAAUGGUCAUGAUGGCUACAGAGUUGCAUUUGCUAGCAAGUUGACAGAUCUCCAACCAGUAACCAGUGCUGACUCGUUGCAUUAUAAUUCAUAUCGAUAUCUGGAAACUCAAGUUUUCUCACCAGUCAUGGAGGUGUUCAUCUCUGAAGGAUGUAAGUCUGUUUUUACCUGGAAACUGUGAUCUUUAGGAACUUGAUAUAUGGUCACAAGCAGAAUUUCUUAAUCUCUUGUUCAUUGUCAAUGUUCUCGGGAAUGCUUAUGUAACAGCUGUGACAUGAUGCAUGUUUUCCACUUGCAAUACGAGAAUUAUUGAGUAAAUAAAUAUCAGUAUCAUGUUGGAAACAUAACUCUACAACCAAUGCUUUAAACAUACAUUUUGUUUAUGGUUCAUCUCUGAUAUAUUAUUUGGAGAUACAUUUCCAAAUAUCAGAUUUCCAAUUGAUCUAACACUAUAGCCCCAUUUUAUUCAGUUUAAAGGGUAUUAUGUCAGGUGAAAUCAUACAAAGUCAUUUAAAAAUGUAGCAUAUAUUUUUCUUUUACAGAAUAUGAGGGUGCGCACUGUUCAAGGCCAGGAAUAUUUGUCAAAAUCAGGUGCUAAAUUCUGUGGACAAAUGGAACAAAAAUUUCUACUUGUCGAUUGUGAGAAGGUUCUUUAUGGUACUUACAGGUAAGAUUCAUAAAUUCUAAUUUAUACAAAAUUAUAGUACUCAAUAUAGCCAGAACCCCUUUAUGACACGGUUAUUUCCUGUGUACAAUGUUUAAUGAGAAUAUGCAUUUAUUUUGUAUCUCUCGCUUGCCAUUCUCCAGAUUUUAUUUUGCAUCUCAUUUUUCCCCAUAUCUAGGGACCUAUUACGGUAAGCAAUUGCAUUUCCAAUUGAAUUAUGAAGUCAUAGAAAUAGUUAUAUCAUUUUUGUGAAAGCUUGAAUCUAAUAAUUUUAUGCAAACCAUUAUAAGAGUAAAAGAGUAAAAAGUAUGAGUGAGUGGUUACAACUCGAACUCAAAUUUUUAGUAGAGCUCAGUGACUGUGAGUCUGUGUUAUACUAGAUACAUAUCUAUGCAGCUUUUAAAAUUAAUUUAUGUUGAGGAUCAUCCAUUUAAAUGACACAUAUAAUUUGCUUAUAUAAAGAAUACUUUUGUGUUUUCAUAGCUUUUGUCUAAUCUGUCUUUGAUUGUAUUGCUUUUUGAUAUGUACUUUGAGGCCCUAUAGCUAGCUAACAUUCUGUCCAAUAGAAUUAGAUUAGUUUUUAGUUUCUCUGCACCAAGCAAGGGGUUGGUGUUAAGAUUUGAGCUUUAAAUGCAGCCAGUGUCAAAAUUGGGAAUCAAUCAGAAACACGUUGCAAUAAGCAGCUGCUAUACAGAAUAAUGGGAGCAGUUUGCAGCUACUUAAAACUACUGGCUUGAAUCACAACAGUGGCAGCCAGUAACAUACCUUACUUUUACUUUUGCAGAAUUUUUGCAGUUAUUAAACAGCAGCUACUCACUUAGUACAGCAACGGGUACUUUAGCAAGUAUUGGUUAUUUGGAAAAAGUAGUGACAACAUUUGAAACAAGCCCUAUAUGUUGACUGUGGUAAAAAUUUAACAUAAUCUUACUGCUAUAAAAUGCAAAUUACACAUUAAUGAUACUAACUGGUUUAUUCACAAGUAAGAUUGCAAAGUGAAUUUCAAGUUUAAGGUAAAAAUAACCAAAGCAGAGACAUUAUCUAAGUCAGCUACACUUCCAUUUCAGCUUCUUUGGCUUUAAAUUUGAAAUUCACUUUGAAUUCUCAUGUUUGUGAGUAGCCCUGUAAAUAUAAUAUUUUUAUCCUCUUUCUUUAUAUCUGAACUAUGUUCGAUUGUGUUUUUUAGCUUUAUGUGGUCAUAUGAGAAGGUGCACUUGAGUAUGGUUCAAGUUAUUACUGGAAAACUUGUGGAAUCUUUUGAUGAAGAAUUCAGAACACUGUAUGCUCGUUCUUGCAUUCCCUCCGUGUUUGGCCCUGAAGAAUUAAUUAUUGGAACACAUAGAAAAACCCCAUGGGAAUAUAGUUCAUAUCAAAAUUCAAGAUCAUCUAUAUUGUCUGCCUCUAGUCAAAGAAGUCUUUUUGGAAGAAAAGAUCAAAUGCCCACUUUGGACUCAUCCUACCUAACAAGAAGUAGAUUUACCAACAAUGAAGAUGAUAAAUAUGGCAUAAGGAAUGCAUCUUAUAGACCACAUCACCAGUUAGGUUUCAAUGUUCAAAAUAAAAUUAAUCACUUUCAGCAAUUUGAACGACAUGACAACUGGAAGAGACAUAGUUAUGCUGCAGGGGAAAAGCCAGAGUCAUCUACCUACAUGUUGCUUAACAGAGGCAUGAACAACAGAAUUAACAAUCCACAGACUAACUGGAACCGACAGGUGGAUGUUUCUAGCAUUGGGUCAUUAUCCAGAGGUGGUUAUUCAAGUAAUUAUAAUUAUAAUGGCUCCACACAAAGUUUUGCCAAUAGGUUAUCACAACGACAGGUGCCAAAUCUUCCAGAAAGGAAUUCAAAUGUACGAAGAUCAUUCCAUGGAACAGAUAAUCAUGUAAGAUCAAUACAGCAAAAGAUGCCAACAUUGGAGCACACCACAAAGUCCUUUCUUCGUAACUGGAGAAUUGAGUCUUACUUAAAUGACCAGGCAGAUAUUACCCCAGAUACACAAGAAAAUCUUAAAGACAGAUAUGAAGGAAAUGAGGGGAAUGGAAGUAUUGCAGAGAAUUCUCUGUACAACCAAUCACGACUACGCUCAUCAAUACUAUACAAGCCAACAUAUCCAGAACAAAAUGAAGCUAACAGCUGCAAAUCCAGCUCUUCUCAUUCCAAUUCUACCAUAGUUGAUUCUCAGGGAAGUCUCACACCAAAGGCAUUUACACCACAAAGUAGAUUGUCAGAGUGUAAAGACAGCAAUGCAUUCAGCUAUGACACACAACACUUACAUCAGCAAGAGAUACUGAAGAGGCAUAGUCUACAAGUUCCUGAAAGCCCAAGAGCUGGUUUGAAUUAUAACACUAAUCCAACACCAUCAAGUUACUUGUACACAACCUUAUGCACAAGCAGACAAUCUGACAGUGUUAGAAAACAGCAAAGUGAAAGCAUUCUAAAAAGACGUAGUUUGCCUAUCUUCGAGAAUAGGAAGGUAAAUGUUGGUCAAAAUAGCUCUGUAAUACCGCAUAAUUAUAUAUACAAUACAUUAGUUAGGCGACAAACUGAAAAUCCAGUGCAUCAAAAUAUUUCCAACAGUAGCAGCAGCCAGAGGUUAGAAAACAACGUAAACAAUUCAGAAGAAAACACAAAUGAUAAACCAUGCAAUUCUGUUGUUACUGCUGCAUUAUCUACAGAAACUCUUAUUGAAAACCACCAUGAAGACAACGGCAAAGAUGGUACAAGCAAAAAAGAAAACAAAAGUUCUCCCAGUUUUCUUAAAAAGGGAUCCAAAAAACUGAAAUCUCUACUUAGUCUUACACCUGAGAAAAAAGAGACCCUGUCUAAAAAUAAAACACCUGCUUUUUAUAGAAUGUGCAGCAGUUCUGAUACCUUAAUUUCAGAAGAGGACCCUCAGGAAAAUAAUAAAAAAUCUGACUCAAAAAAUGAUACUUUACCAAGACGAGAAAAGACAUUGUCUACUUCUCAAGUCAGUCUGAAUAAAAGCAAAGAAAACACUGGUAAUGAUGUAUCCUCAGUGCCCGUUACCGAGGAAGCUGCUAAAUCCCAUUCUUCUCCUGCAUCAACUGUUGUUGAAAACAAAUUUCUUCAGAAUAUAGGAGAUGCAUCUGCUCCACGAUUUAAUACAGAACCAGAUCAGUUUCAAGAGGCAAAACAAUAUGUGCAUAAAUUUCAAUAUGGGAGAACACUCUCUCCUGCAAUCCAGCGCAGGGAUUUACAAUUAAGGCUUCAAAAAGAGGCUGCACAGAGGGAAAUGCCCCCAAUGCUACAAAGAGAAAUGCAUUUAAGGCACUCACAACACAGAGAGAUGCAGCAAAAAGAGGUCAUGCGCAGAGAUAUGUAUGGGCAGCCUGUAACAGACUAUCCAAAGCCUCAAGAGGAUCUUAGUCGUACUCGCUUAAGUGAACGACGAAUUUAUAGUCGUUUUGAACCAUUUUGUAAGACUGAGAACACAGCUCCACAUACUAUGCCCAACAGCAAUGCUCAUAUGUCAGACUUUAAUAACAAGCCUAUUGGAAACAAUUAUAAUAGACCAAAUCACAUGCCAAAUUACAAUUCUUCAGCUAAUUAUAACGUGGUUCUGCCAAGUGAAAAUAAAUUUGGAAGAUUCAUGCAAAAAUUUGGAAACUUUAUUAAAAAGCAAUGAAAGAUUGAAUUUUUACAUCACAAAAAAAUAAUUGUACAAAAAAAAGAAAAAUAUGCUGUUUUAUAGUUAAAAUGUAAAUGAGAAAACAACAUUGUCAAAGGUUUUAUGCACAUUGUAUAGUACUUCUUUUCAUAAUAAAAUGGUUUUAUCAAUAUUUUUUGAUAAACUCAGCAAA